CAUCGCUCCGCCCACCGCUCCGCCCCUCACACACCCAGCAGGCGGGAAGGCGUUAGCCUGGCAGCGCCUCACACUCAGUGACCGACCGACCGACCGAGCGACCCAGCCAGCCAGAGCCGAGCACUCGGGGCACAGCCUCGCCCUCCCUCCCGCGACCGACACCGCAGCUCCCGCCGGAGACCCGCCCUCACUCCCUCUCUCUCCACCAGCAGGAAACAUGGCGGCUGCGCCAGGGGCCUCGUCUAACCCCGGGGGGGGACCGGAGAUGGUCCGCGGACAGGCGUUCGACGUGGGUCCGAGAUACACCAACCUCUCCUACAUCGGGGAGGGGGCCUACGGCAUGGUGUGGUGAGUACCGCCCGCCCUCCCCCGCCCUGCCCGGGAGCCGAGCUCCGCCGUGCGGCCUACCAUCCCGGCCCGCCCGGGCUCCCCGUCUGCCACCCUGACACAGGGCCUGCCGGCUGGGACUGACUGCCUAUAGGACAUGGUAAUCACAGGAUCUGUGCGAUGGCUGCCGUGUAACACUGACUGCUGACUGACUGCUGGGCUCUGCGUGGGGACAGCUGCACUCACACACGGCACUGUGUACACUGAUGGUACAUGCAUCUGGCACGGUGUACACUGAUGGUACAUGCAUCUGGCACGGUGUACACUGAUGGUACAUGCAUCUGGCACUGUGUACACUGAUGGUACAUGUAUCUGGCACUGUGUACACUGAUAGUACAUGCAUCUGGCACUGUGUACACUGAUGGUACAUGUAUCUGGCACGGUGUACACUGAUGGUACAUGCAUCUGGCACGGUGUACACUGAUGGUACAUGCAUCUGGCACGGUGUACACUGAUGGUACAUGCAUCUGGCACGGUGUACACUGAUGGUACAUGCAUCUGGCAUGUACACUGUACAUGCAUCUGGCACGGUGUACACUGAUGGUACAUGCAUCUGGCACGGUGUACACUGAUGGUACAUGCAUCUGGCACUGUGUACACUGAUGGUACAUGCAUCUGGCACGGUGUACACUGAUAGUACAUGCAUCUGGCACUGUGUACACUGAUGGUACAUGUAUCUGGCACUGUGUACACUGAUGGUACAUGUAUCUGGCACUGUGUACACUGAUGGUACAUGUAUCUGGCACUGUGUACACUGAUGGUACAUGUAUCUGGCACGGUGUAUACUGAUGGUACAUGCAUCUGGCAUGGUGUACACUGAUGGUACAUGCAUCUGGCACUGUGUACACUGAUAGUACAUGUAUCUGGCACUGUGUACACUGAUGGUACAUGUAUCUGGCACUGUGUAUACUGAUGGUACAUGCAUCUGGCACGGUGUAUACUGAUGGUACAUGCAUCUGGCACGGUGUACACUGAUGGUACAUGCAUCUGGCACGGUGUACACUGAUGGUACAUGCAUCUGGCACGGUGUACACUGAUGGUACAUGCAUCUGGCACGGUGUACACUGAUGGUACAUGCAUCUGGCACGGUGUACACUGAUGGUACAUGCAUCUGGCACGGUGUACACUGAUGGUACAUGCAUCUGGCACGGUGUACACUGAUGGUACAUGCAUCUGGCACGGUGUACACUGAUGGUACAUGCAUCUGGCACUGUGUACACUGAUGGUACAUGCAUCUGGCACGGUGUACACUGAUGUACAUGCAUCUGGCACUGUGUACACUGAUGGUACAUGUAUCUGGCACUGUGUACACUGAUGUACAUGUAUCUGGCACUGUGUACACUGAUGGUACAUGCAUCUGGCACGGUGUACACUGAUGUACAUGCAUCUGGCACUGUGUACACUGAUGGUACAUGUAUCUGGCACUGUGUACACUGAUGGUACAUGUAUCUGGCACUGUGUACACUGAUGGUACAUGUAUCUGGCACUGUGUACACUGAUGGUACAUGUAUCUGGCACGGUGUAUACUGAUGGUACAUGCAUCUGGCAUGGUGUACACUGAUGGUACAUGCAUCUGGCAUGGUGUACACUGAUGGUACAUGCAUCUGGCACUGUGUACACUGAUAGUACAUGUAUCUGGCACUGUGUAUACUGAUGGUACAUGUAUCUGGCACUGUGUAUACUGAUGGUACAUGCAUCUGGCACGGUGUAUGAUGGUACAUGCAUGGCACGGUGUACACUGAUGGUACAUGCAUCUGGCACGGUGUACACUGAUGGUACAUGCAUCUGGCACGGUGUACACUGAUGGUACAUGCAUCUGGCACGGUGUACACUGAUGGUACAUGCAUCUGGCACGGUGUACACUGAUGGUACAUGCAUCUGGCACGGUGUACACUGAUGGUACAUGCAUCUGGCACGGUGUACACACUGGUGGUACAUGCAUCUGGCACGGUGUACACACUGGUGGGACAUGCAUCUGGCACGGUGUACACUGAUGGUACACGCGUCUGGCGCUGUGCACGCACUGGUGGUACACGUGUCUGGCGCUGUGCACGCACUGGUGGUACACGCGUCUGGCGCUGUGCACGCACUGGUGGUACACGCGUCUGGCGCUGUGCACGCACUGGUGGUACACGCGUCUGGCGCUGUGCACGCACUGGUGGUACACGCGUCUGGCGCUGUGCACGCACUGGUGGUACACGCGUCUGGCGCUGUGCACGCACUGGUGGUACACGCGCCUGGCGCUGUAUAUAUUAUAUAUGUAUUGGUGUUAGCUGCUGGCCUAAGCUGGCAGUCUAGCCCUGUGCAAUGCUCAUGUUUGGCUGUAGUCCAUGGACUUGUCAGAUCUUCCCAUGCUGCUAUAAAUCUUAGCCAUCUUCUCCCAGGCAGGUUAUCUGCUUCACUCAUAUCCUGCAUGGCGGCAUUUAUACAUCCUAUCUGUCACUGUGCUGCUGCCUUGGUUUUGCAUUUUGUCUGAGACACAAAGUUGAGACUGAACGUGAACUUUGUUGCUUUUUUUGUGCCCUUUUUUUUUCCCUCUUUUAAUGUCUGGCAGUCUCCAAAUUGAAUACGAUUAGAAGGAUUGAUUUAUACAGGAUUCAGUUUGUUGUGCUAUUUAGGAUGACAUUGUGUCAGUCCAGUAGGUUUUGCAAUCAUAUGUGUCUGGUUUAUUGUUGCACUUGACUUUGUGCAAUUUGUAUGUUUUUGUAUGUCAUUGUUGUAUAGAGAGGCUUUCCAGAAUGCAAAAGAAGAAAUCAAUUGGCCAAGUGCUAGUUGUGAGCCAGAAUUCAUUUUUAAAGUAUCUGACUUUCCAAAAAGCAGUUUUUCUGCCAUUAAUGUAUCAUUGACCCUCUGGCUUUUGCAUGGCUUAACCCAAAAUGUAUGCAUUCUGUCUGUUACACCUGUGUUAUAUAGGUAUGUUGCACCUUUAAAGGAUUUAUGGAUUUUGCUAAUCACAAAUGUCUUUAGUAGAUAUACAGUCAUCAUGGAAGAAUAUUACAAAGGUUUAUGUUGAUAGUGACCUCCAAUACCAUAUAUUUGCACCACAGUGUAUAUAUAGGAGACAUUUAUCAAGACAAAAACAGGUGCUAACCUGGGGCAUUGUGCUAAAUAAGAACAAUCCCCAUGGAAACCAAAAGAAUAAAUCAACAUUUAGAAAUUUGCACAUAACAUGGUACUUACACAUUUUCUUAAUAAUGACUUAGAUCGUUUUGCAAUAAAGAUGCAACUGAGUUGUUGGAUAUUGCAGAGGUGCUAUUAUUGGGAGUGGCAUUAAAUCUACAAACGUGUGUUUAUUUUUUGUUUGUUUUUUUUUUAAAUUUGAGCAAUUAAAAUUGGUAUCGAUGUUUUGGAGGAUUUGAUAAUUCAAUUUAACAUGUUUUCUUUUUCUUAUCUAUUUUUCUAAAGUGUGUGGGUUUUAAAAAAGGGUUUAUAAAUGGCAUUGAAGUACAAUACUGUAAAUGUUUCAGCAGAGUAAAUCAUAAAUAGAAUGUCAAUGUUUUUUCUUCUAAAACAUGGCAAUAGAUUAAGACAACGUGGUGAAAUUUUUUUUUUUUUUUCUCCAGCAUAAAUCUUUAUGGUUAUAUAUUUUCUCUUCUGAUAUCUAUAUGUUGUGCUAACCAAAUCACUAGGAAACGUAUAUAUUUCUAUUGAACUCUCUCAACCUUACUCCUGGCAGACAUACUGUUGGCAUGGACACUAUGCCGAUGUCUAUAUACCUUAAUACAUGCCUGCCAUUUUUAUGUUGUGCGCAUGUUUUGUUCUGCGUGUAUCAUUGGUCUGGGUGCCAUUGCUAUAAGAACUGGCAAUUGACCUUUCUUGCCAGUAUUAAGUGCGUUGGUGCACAGUUUUUGUAUGAGAAACCAGUCAAAUAAUAUUGCACUGAAAAGGUUAAUUGAUUUAGUAAUAUGUACACUAAGUUAACCCCUGUGUGUGCUAUUUAAUUGUCCAGGCCCCAUUUUAACUCUUUGAAUGUCAGACAGAAAGCGUGCUGGCUCAGUGCAUUGGCAAUAAACCCUUUUAAGUGCAAUUGCCCAUGUGUAUGUAUGUGUAUAUAUAAAUGAUGAAAUUAAACAUAUUGCAAACAUAAAACAGCACAUUGUUGCUGAGAAUUUUAGAAUACUGACAAUAGGGAAAAAAACAUAAUCCGGGUUAUUGAUGAGGAAAUACAUAGUAUGAACCCUCCAAUCAAGCAGGCAUUUGAGCAAGGAUGGAGUAUUGGAGUGAUGACUGACAUCACUCCGUUUAGUGGGCUAAUGUGCUAGCAUCAUGGGUGCUGUGCCAGACUUGGGGAAGCCAUUGUUGGCUUCUCAAAAGAGAGGCAGUACAAAGAGUAAGAUUCAUGCCCACAAAGGUGGACUAAUAGCUGCCCUGGAUCCAUUCGCACGAGUGGAGUAUGACUGAAAAUUUGAUGAAACGCCGUAGAAGGAAAGUUUAGAAAAUUAAUAAUAAUUUAUUAGCAAUUGGACAAGAAAAGAGCAGGUUUACAGAAAGGUAUUUUUUUUUUUUUAAGUUUCACUUUAACUGUCAUGACGUCAACUAUCAUUCCAUUCACAAAGCAGGACACAACAAAUUAUUCUAAUAUUGAAACCAGGUAGAUAUAUAGAAUGUAAGCAUGGUCCUCUCCAACCUAUUGUGCCUGUAAGUUUGUGGUUUUUUUUGUUUUUUUCUGUAAUUGUCCUAUUUAUAGUUAAAUCCCCUCUAAUAAUAUUGUAAAGCGCUACGAAAUCUUUUGGCGCUAUAUAAAUGGCAAUAAUUACAAUAAUAUGCCCAUACAAUGGUGUACUCCUUACACCACAAGUUUUAGGGCAAAUACACAUACUUUUAAUACUAUUAUGCUACUAAUAAUGACAUAGACCUGCUGUAAAAUUGCUUCUUUUUUUCUCUCUCACUGUUUUUUGUAAAUGCAAACCUUGAACAAAUCCAUUGUACUUAUCAUUUUCCUAUAUACUUAACAGAUUACAAAUCAGAUUGUAGGAAUGUGUUUUUAAGUAAUAAUCAUUACAGCAUGCUGUAAUGAUUAUUACUGUAGUGUUAGCCAUCCCUUUGGCUCUAUCCGGUUAGUAUUGGCCAUUCCUUGGCUCCACGCAUCCUCCAUUUUCAAAUGAUUUGACACUUACCUAGUUCACUUUGAUCUGGUGCUUCUUCACAGAUCUAACUAACCUGUAAGUUACCCUCUCAUUUUUGUAAUAUCAAUUUUAUCCAACUUUAGAUGGAAUUCAUUCUUAGAGGAAUGUUGUGACACUCUGUCAAUGUAGUAAAUCCAAACGUAGACAGAAUUUAUUUCUGAUGAGGAAGUAAGAAAUUCCACUUCAGCAAUAAAUGUGAAGAGCAGCAGGCAACUAUUCUACAUUUCAAAAAUUCUUACUCUGAACAUUAGAAUGGCAUCGAAGAGCUUACAGCACUAUAACCACUACAGUUUUGUUUUUGAUGCUUGUAACGCUGAUUUAAUUCUGACUACUUUUAUUUUUUCACGGUUUACUCUAAUCUUUUACAAAGAAAGUGUAAUUAUUUUUAAAAAGGGCUUGUUUUCUUUACCCAAACAAUUGUUUGCACUGUGAAGGAACAUUAUAGUGACAUUAAAGGGACACUAUAGUCACCUGAACAACUUUAGCUUGAUGAAGCAGUUUUGGUUUAUAGAACAUGCCCCUGCAGCCUCACUGCUCAAUCCUCUACCAUUUAGGCUGCAUAAACAGAAACAAAGUUAUUUAACUCCUAAAUGGCAGUGAAUUGAGCCGUGAAAUUGCAGGGGAAUGAUCUAUACACUAAAACUGCUUUAUUUAGCUAAAGUAAUUUAGGUGACUAUAGUGUUCCUUUAAUACAAAAAUGUGUAUUCCUGUCACUAUGGUUAUAAAGAGUCUGUUUAGGCCCCCUACCCCCCUCUAAGCAAUUUAAAAGGUGAUUUUACUUCCCUUUAUUUCAAUGGCAUGCAGGUCUGUCGCAACUGACCUUGCCCACACUACAUCCCCUUGGCUUGAAAUCAUGUAACUAAUCUCAGCCAGUCCAAUGCUUUACUAAAGGGGGCAAUUGCGCAUUGCAAAACGCCGCUCUGCGUCAAUCUGCAUCACCACAGAGAUGCAUUAAAUUAAUGCAUCUCUAUGGGGAGUGUUCCGUUACGCCAAGCAAAGCGUGGAGACGCUGGCUGAAUGUCAAUGCUGCACAUGAGCCAGGAAGUCCCUCUAGUGUGGCCAUUAGAGGUGUUGCUAAGCAGCAAUGUAAACACUGCCUUUUCUUUGAAGGGGUGCCCAAAAGGUAGAUCACAUGUUUUAAACUACAGUUUCAUUGAUGCUUUGUCAUCAUGGGAGUUGUAGUUUUACAACAACUGGGGAUCUACCUUUUGGCCACCCCUGGUUUACGUUUAAAAGCCUGCAGAAAUCGGCUAUAGGCACCAGAGCAACUACAUUAAAGGGAUACUAUAGUGCUAGGAAUACAAAGCUGUAUUCCUGGCACGCUCCAUCUACCUCCCCCUUCUCUACCUCCCCCUCAGACUUGGUAAAUAAAGGGUUAAAACCCUUUAUUUACUUUCCUGAUCACAGGUCACAGCGCAACCUCCUCAGACGUCUCUUGACGAGUGAGCACUAAUGUGAGGAUUAGGCCUCCCAAUAGGAAAACAUUGAAUUAAUGCUUUUCUAUGGAUACAUAGCGGACGCUGGAUGUCCUCAUGCACAGCAUGAGGACGUCCAGCAUUAGUUACCGGAUCUAAAGUCCGUUGGGAUCCAGAAAGCGCCUCCAGUGGCUAUCUGGUAGACACACUGGAGGCAGACUUAAUGCUGCAAGGUAAACAUUUGAGUUUCUCUGGAACUGCAAUGUUUUAAAUCUGAGCACUAAAUAGGCACACUGCACCCAGACUACUUUAAUUAGCUGAAGUGGUCUGGGUGGCUAGUGUCCCUUUAAAGGGAAACUCCACUGCCCAAAUACAAAAUAAUCACUAUUUAGUAGAUAUACCCCAAAUUAAUUUAAUUAUGCAUUUUGUCGUUGGGUGUGUGUAUGUGUGUGUGUGUAUAUAUAUAUAUAUGUAUAUAUGUGUAUGUAUAUAUAUAUAUAUAUAUAUAUAUAUAUAUAUAUAUAUAUAUUAUAGCUUUUAAAAAAGAGUCAGCACUCAAGGACUUUCAAUGUGCUAAAAAAUGCAAAAGAACCUUUUAAUCCAGUUGUUCAAAGAGGUCAACGUUUCAGUCCAUCGUCGUGGACUUUCAUCAGGACAUUUAUGUCCUGAUGAAAGUCCACGACGAUGGACUGAAACGUUGACCUCUUUGAACAACUGGAUUAAAAGGUUCUUUUGCAUUUUUUAGCACAUUGAAAGUCCUUGAGUGCUGACUCUUUUUUAAAAGCUAUACAUUUGUGCAGCCGAGCACCGGGCAAUAAAUAAGGAGAGCUGGAGUGCAACUCCUAUCAUUCUUUGUAUGUAUGUGUGUGUGUGUGUGUGUGUGUGUGUGUGUAUAUAUAUAUAUAUAUAUAUAUAUAUAUAUAUAUAUAUAUAUAUAUAUAUAUAUAUAUAUAUAUACAUUUUUUUUAUUUUUUUUUAAACUGCAGUUCUUUUGUAUGCUGCCCUUGCAAACCCUUUCCUUCUAACCACGCCCAGACUUUGUGACUGUUUAAUCACAGACUUUCCAACGCAGCUCAAUGAAAAGUCUUUGCAAGGCAGUUGCUCUGGGCAACUGCUGCCUCUUGAGUUGAGCACAAAUAAGCUAACCAAACAGGACUUGUCUGCUUGAAAAGUCAAGCAGGUGUAACCAGUAUAUAUGUGUUAAUUUCCAAUAAAAUCUGCACUUUUUGCAAAAUGAAGAAAAAUAUACUCUUCACACAGCAAGCUAAAGUACUUGGAGGUCUGGAGUGUCCCAUUAAGCUAUUGCUCUUCUGGUGAUUAUAGUGUCCCUUUUAAAGGGACAGUCCAGUGUUAUACAAAUAUGUAUAAUGCUGGAGCGCUGUACUUGCAAUGUAGAUUGUGGUUUCUCUUUUUAGUUAUAAUAAGCUUGCAUAGUGGCGUACUUACAUUAAUGCAUGUUGCAUGUUUCUCUUCAGUUUCUUCAGCUCCUAGUGGCUUCUUCCUCCAAGAGCUAUCACGUUUGCUCACUUUAUUAUGUUCAUGUGAGACAGCAGAAUGGGGUUGUAGAAAUCUGGAAAUUAGCACAAAGGUUGGCUUAUACACAAAGCAAAGUAAACCAUAUCAUUGCUCAUCAUGUGGGAAAAUACCUGUUCUUCUAGGCAGUUGCAAAUUAAACAUCGAGAAGUAGCAUUUGGAGGCUUACAAUGCAAUGUGGUUGUUGUUUUUUUUUAUUUUUUUUUAUUUUUUUUUGUGUGUUUUUUACCCAUAAGGAUGUAAUUAAAAAAACUCUGAAGUGACUGUGCCACUGGUGUAAUUUUUUUUUAUUUUUUAUAAUUGUCCUAUUGUAAUUCCACCGCCAACAUGCCUCCACGUUGAUUGUGUAACAAUUCCUUUUGUUGAUAUCAAGGUUUAUUAUUAGCUGUUAAAUGCACUUUGUCACCACAUUGUAAAUUACUUUGUUGAAAAAGAACCUUCUUUGUAGAUGCAAACGGCAGGGGGCGCUCAGGUGAACCACGCAGCCAGUGCCAUAAAAUAUGAAUGAAAUUGACACUGUUAAUGCAGUAGAGUAAUGUCCACAUUGGCAAUAUAAAAGAGCAGGGAUAGGACUGUUGGUGAAUUGAAAGGGCCCUUGGUCCUGGUCAGUCUGCGAGUAGUGUAUAUUGUUCUUUCAUUCCUCUUUAACCUGCUAUGUAAAAUAAAUGAAAAAUGCAUAUUAUGCCUACAUUAAUCUGUGUAAAAUUACUUUCUGUUCUUAGUAUAGAAAUGGUAAAUUCCUUUCUUUUGUCGCUGAAAUGUUGUUGUAGCCAUUGCUCUGGAACUAUAUCCUUCAAUUUGAUAUAUAUGGUUGAAACAGAAGGAGCUGUGAUUCUGUUUAGUGAAGGACUGAUUAUGUGGAAAGUGGGUGUGACCACAUAGACAUCAUUUCUUUUGGCAAAUGCCAAGUGGAUUUUUUUUUUUUUUCCUUCUCUUCUUUCAGUAACUGUCACAUGAACAUUUGCUUAUGUAUCGUACUUUAAGGCUGUAAACUAUUUUAAAUCUACCUUUUAUCAAAUUAUAAUUCUUUAGAAAGCAGCAAGAAAUUUAUAUUGAAUUAGAAAAAUGUAAACAUAAUUUACACCGUGCCUAUGACUCGUAUUCACAGCCAAAUACAUAAAGGGAGUUUAAUAGUUGGAGUUGCUUGUUUUUUUGUUUUCUUUUCUGUAAUUUGAUAUAUAUUUCUGAUUUUGUGAUGCAAAUACUGCACCCCCACCCCCUUCUGUUUACAAUUUCUACUUUUUUAUCAGGGCCUUGUAAGCCUGUCAGUCCUGUGGAACACCAGAAAUCCGUUUUCAAGAAUAUCAAAGUUCAAAUUAUCUUAUCAAAGUUAUUUGGAAGCCAAUCAUCCCACUUCAUUUGGUCAGUAAUGUCCGUAGUUGAAAAACAUUUUAGGACUCAUGAUGAACUAAUGUGUUGUGGUAAACUUACUGGCACAUUCAUGUAAGCUCCAGUAGUCAAACUUUUUCUUAACCUGAGGAGAGAUGCUUAUUCUUCCCUAGUUGACAUUUAGUUUCCUGCCACAUACCCUGUUAAGGUCAUGCUUUUCGAUUUUUAAGGGAACACCAAUAGUGUCAGGAACAUGUAUUCCUGACACUAUAGGUCUAAUUGUGCUGUAUAGCUCUCCCAUUCUUUUUGGUGGUUAAAAGAUUAUUUUACCAUUUUCGCCGCGUGGGCUCCUUGGCUGGAAUAAUUAAAUUUCAUUUUAGCUAAUCCAAUGCUAUAGUGGGAAACCUUUUGGCGGCUAUUGUGCAUUUGCGGCAAAACACAGCACUGCGCCAAUCAGCAUCUCAUGAUAGAUACUUUGCAUCAGUGCAUCUCUAUGGGGAAAGUUCAACAUCUCCAUGCAAAGUAUGGAGACGUUGAACAACUGUUCUGUACAUUGUGCAACACUGACCCAGGAAGCACCUCCAGUGGCCGUCUAAAUGACUGCCACUAGAGGUGAUACUAGGCAGUAAUGUAAACACUGCCUUUUCUCUGACUACAGUGUCCCUUUUAAGAUUUUUAUAUAAAAAAUGUUUGCAUCAAAUGCAACGGGGGGGGGGGGUCUGCUUUACAUGAAUGUUGAUGUUGAAUAAAGGUAUGUAACCUUCAGUACUCAAGAUGUUGUGGAUUACAUAUUCCUUAAUGCUCAUACAGCAAUAAUGCUGGCAUAUAAUUCGGGGAGAUGUAGUCCACAACAUCUGGAGUGCCGAAGGUUGCCUAUUCCUGAUUUAGAGUAUUUGGUAAUAUGUUGCUGCUGGUUAAUGGAAGAGCAGAAAAAUGUAUUUAAUGCUUUCUCUGCAUGUCUCAUCUGAGUAAACUCUUUCGUGGCAUUUUCUGGGAUGAGGAAGAUAGGAAAUGUCACAAUCGGAUUGUGAAAAGUGUUAACAUGUGCAAACUUUGGUAAAGAAGUGGCAAAAUAAUUCUUAAAGGAACACCGUCAGAUUUUACUAUCUUGGUAUAUUUGUAAUGGCAAUUUUUUUCUAUUUUCAUGUAUAUUUAAUUUUUUUAAUACUCACUUUAAUAAUCACUUACCUAAUUUUUCUACUCUUUAGAACAGCCAUUUUUACUAUUUUGCAGAUGCCUUUUACUUUUCAAAUCUACUUGACAAUGUCCUGCAGGAAGAGCACACAAUAAAAAAAAAAAAAAAUAAAUUGAACUAUAGUGGAUAUUGGGGCAGAUUACUGACUCUACGACUGAAUGAGCAUAAAUAGGACUGUCAUUCGUGAGUGAGGAAGGUAGGCAAGGAAUUUAUGCAAAAAUGUCAAUAUAUAUGAAAUAAAAGGAAUUAGUAUAAAAAUAAACAACCAUAAAACGUAAACUGCAGUGGUUUGCUCUCAUAUCUGAGUUCCUUUCUGUGAUGCUGGGCGAUAUGCAUCUGACCCAUUGAUCAUUCAGCCUAGGAAUGACAUUCUUUCCAAAGAAUACGCACAGAAUUGACGUUGGUCAUGCUGGAAUUUGUGUUCCGGGCUAAAAGUACUAAUGAUACUGCCCAAGGUGGAGUUACUUUAGAGUUUUCUAAUCGGAAAAUGUUAUAAGACCAUUUAAUCUAAAUUAAGUUGUCAGGGUGCCAUGCCUCUGCCAUUUAACCCUGCAUUAUUGUGUUUUUUUGUUUUGUUUGUUUUUUGGAAAAGCAUUAUUUACAUUGCAGAGUUAAACACACCUCUAAUGGCUUUGUGGCAGACAGCCAUUAAAGACGCUUCUCCUGUGAGAAAAGUCAGACUUUGUCAGGAAUCAAAUACUGUUCACAGAGAGCAUUUGGUGCAGUAUUGUGUUUUGCUAUACAUGUACACUAUCCUCCAACUGUGAUGAGGCAUUGGAUUGACUGAGAUCAUCAAUCUUCAUGGUAUCAACCAGGUUGGGUAGUGCAGGUGCCCAGAUAUCUCUCGUAGCACACUAUAGCAUUAGGAAUACAUUUUUGUAUUCCUGACGCUGUACUCGUUCUUUGAAUACAAGUGGUCCUCGUUUUACGACUGCUCGCACUUACGACCAGCCCUCUCACAUGGGGAUUCAAGGGAUUCCCCACGUUAGAGGCCUGAUCUCUUUCCCCGAACAUAGAUUAGAGGAAUUCCCUGCUCUGGGUGUAUGUCUUCUCAUAAGAACAGAACCUGGUUGGUAAAUGAGUAGUAGUCGUAAUGGAAUUAAUUUGCCCACAACUUAUAUAUUGCAUGAAUAUACAGCCUCAUGAUACAUAACUAAUCCAUAACUCAUGCUGAAUAACCCCCCUAGUUUUAUUUUCAUUUUCAGAAGCCUGUGCUUUUUAUUGACUGUUAGCCUGUUUUGUAUUUUAUUUUGAAAUACUCCAAGUAGCAAAAGUUGCCAUGAGCAGACAUGUGGUGGUGGCAGCAUGAUUUGCCUUAAAAGCUGCAAAGAAUCUUAUUUUUACUUUUUUUGUAUAGUUUCCCUUUUUAAAGGUUUAUGGAAUGCUUAUUCAUGUCUGCACUGGCCUAAUGGCAAGUGUUACUGCUCAGUGUUCUUAUUGUAUACAUUUCAUGGGAUGAUUCCAUUAAACUUGCAAUAUCCUUUGUAUACUUUUCUCUUUAUGAUUUGUCUUUGCUUAUGCCCAUAUAUAUUUAUAAACAAUACUAUUUAGUGUCUCUAGUGAGUAUUUUCACUUAAUUGGAUAGGCCAUUGGCUUGAUUAUUUGUGGCAUGGAGAAAUCUGAAGACUAUUGCUUGCUUCUUGUGUAUUUUGGUUUCAGGCAAUCUUUGUCCUACACUGGAAUGUUGUACACACCCAUUGAUUCAGCUCCAUUAGGCCAAAUACAUUCUUAGAAUGGGUUGUUCUUGAUUCUUGGCAAGUGUGUAUAUGUAUAUUUCACUCUCAUAUCUAUAUCAUGAUUAUAGUUUGGAUACAUAUGCAGUAUCUUUUUAAUUUAAUUUUUUUGCUGUAAUUUGAAAAACAGAAGGCGGGCAGCAUGCGCUUACUCACCUCCCAGCAGCUCCCCAGUGUAACCCCCUCACACACUCCAUUAUAUAGACUACACAAACACACUGUGCAUAUAAUGGAGUGUGUUUGUAUAGUGUUUAUAUAAUGCACACUAUACAAACACACUGUGUAUGUAAUGCAGUGUGUGUUUGUGUAGUGUGUUUAUGUAAUGCAGUGUGUUUGUGUAGUGUGUUUAUGUAAUGCAGUGUGUGUUUGCGUAGUGUGUUUAUGUAAUGCAGUGUGUGUUUGCGUAGUGUGUUUAUGUAAUGCAGUGUGUGUUUGCAAUUUACUUCUUAGGACCAAAAUAAAUACUGUCACCCCUAUACCAAGAAUAUCGUGGGGGUGAUACCAAUUCCAACCAAGGGUUAACUCUUAUAGUACAGAUAUAAAUCAGGGGAACCUCAUGUGAGAAUGCCAGGUUUGGUAUUUCAUAAAACGAAGUAAUUGAAUGAAAUAUCUUCAACAGUAAACAAUGUGAGAAGAUUGCUGCAAUAUAGCAAAAAGAUAACCAUUUAACCAUCUAUUCAAUGAUAUAACAGGCUUUAUUAUCCAUUGCCAAAAGUUGUAUCUUAAAGGACCACUCUAGGCACCCAGACCACUUCAGCUUAAUGAAGUGGUCUGGGUGCCAGGUCCAGCUAAGGUUAACCCAUUUUUUUUAAUAAACAUAGCAGUUUCAGAGAAACUGCUAUGUUUAUGAAUGGGUUAAGCCUUCCCCCUAAUCCUCUAGUGGCUGUCUUAUUGACAGCCACUAGAGGUGCUUGCGUGCUCCUCACUGUGAUUUUCACAGUGAGAGCACGCAAGCGUCCAUAGGAAAUGCUUUCCUAUGCGACAGGCUGAAUGCGCGCAGCUCUUGCCACGCGUGCGCAUUCAGCCCAGGAGGAGGAUCGGAGGAGGAGAGGAAGCAGAGAGCUCCCCGUCCAGCGCUGGAAAAAGGUAAGUUUUUAACCCUUUCCCCCUUCCAGAGCCGGGGGGUGGGGGCACCCUCAGGGCACUAUAGUGCCAGGAAAACGAGUAUGUUUUCCUGGCACUAUAGUGGUCCUUUAAUGCUAGUUGACAGUUGUAUCUAUAUGCUAAUUGGAUAUAGUGAUCCUAAAAAUCAAGCCAACGGGUUAUAUAUUGUCUCUGUAUAUAUUCCCCAUUCGUAUAAUAAACAUCCGUUCAGAAUAAUUUCAUGAUUUACAAUGUCCAAAUAAUCUGGAACAAUCGUUGAAAAAGGAAAGGGGAGUCUAAUGGGGGGAAAAAAGUCUUAUAAUAGGGAGAGAUCAUCUAAAUUGUCUAUUGGCUGUAAUGUUAGUACAGGGGGUUGUUGGAGUAGAAAAAUAGGGCAAUAAUAGUAAGAGAAAUAUACAAAGCGAGAUGAUUUUGGAAGAUCUGGAGAGAUAGGAGGGAGAAGUAACUUUAGACACAGCUUAAAAUAUGUUGGAGGUGGCCAAGGGAAACUGGAUGCAAGACCAAAGGUACUAGUCUAGUACCUUUGGUCUUACCUCCCGUUUCCCCAGGCUACCUCCAACGUAUUUUAUGUUUUAAUCUAUUGUCUGUAUACAAGGGGACAGUUUCUGUGCUAAAAACAAGCCUUUUUAAUAAACUUCAUGUACUUAAGUUUUUAAGCACUACUUUGGAGAUCUUAUAAGGCUAGUACAUAUUUAUAUUUUGCACUUGAUGUAUGUGUUCUGUGAUCUUACUGUGUAUUUAGAGUGGAUUAACAGUCAGACAAGCACAUUACAGGCUAGUUUUGCCCACUCCUAUCUCCUGGAGGAAGCAGUUUUUGACAAACUUCCGGUGUGCUAGAUUUUGAUUAGCCAUUCUAGUAUUUCUGGGUCUGAGGGUUUGUCGGUUAAGAUGGCAGCAGUCUGCGAGCAGAUGCAGGAGAUGGAGAAGGCAGAGAAGUAGUGCCUGGAGCUGGUACUCCAGGGACUGGCUGUGGAUGACAAGCUGCGGGUGUGUGGUGGCCAGCUCACUUCACCCUCUCCCUCAACUACCUGGAGGUGAGCGGGUGCUAGGAGCUGCGAGAGCUGUCAGACGGUCUGGGCAUCCUCUCGCACGUGCAGGGCAUCACUGCGGGUGUUGGAUCUCUCCGGGAAUGAGCUGGAGGAGCUGCCGGCAGGGAUCAUGCAGCUGUCUGACCUCUGCACCCUGAAUGUAAGCCGUAACCGGCUGCGGGGUAUUGUGCACUGUCAUAUUGCUGGCUACUAACUGGGCAUUGUUCCCACUCAUAAGGGCGAUGCGGGGGUGUAAUUUUCAGCCAAUAUGACCCUUCUCCGGGAUGAAAUGGGAUAGGCCCAUUUUUGGCUGAAAAAUUCGGCAACAGAAAUUUGCAUCCUUCAAUAGAUUUUAAUAGUAGCUGGUUUAUUUAGCUGUUAAACUUGUUACGCCUCUUGGCUGUCAGACAACUGGCCCUGGUACUUUCUGGUUCUUUAGCUCAGUGGAGCGAAACUCUAGAGACAGAAAUUGCGCAGAGUACUUGCCUUGCAAGUACUUUUCAUUAAGCUGUGGUUUGUUUUAGAAGAGAGCAGGGCUUGCAAAGGCUUUAAACGAAAUCUUACUUGGUUAUUUUACAUUUAAAUGUGUAAACAUUAUUUUAUGCUACUUUUUUUUUGAUUCAUCAAUAUGGUAGCAGUCAGUGUUGAUCUUGUCUAAAGUAUAUUUUAACAUUGCUAGAUCGUAAACCUAUCACUUUCUUUAAAAGCUAAGAAACUGACUUAAUUUAGCACUGUACCUAUGUCCCAUGCUUGUCCUAAAAUUUUGUUGCUUCAACUUUCAGCUAUAUCCCUCCAUUUCCAUUGAAUGCCAAGUCCCACUGCCAUCAUUUUAUAAGUGGUUUUAUUGUUAAAAAUACUACUUAAUGAUUGCAUAAGCCACACCUUUGAUAUUUGACCUUGUAUGGUGCAGCUAGUAGUCUUCAAUUAUGAUAUCAAACCUUUCUACUGGAUACCCAUUUGAUACAUUGAUAAAGCACUGAAGCUAAGUUUCAAAACAAAUUGCCUCUAUUUGCCCAUAAUUACGUGACUUGCUAUUCUUCUAACCUGAGAACUCACAACAGCAUUCCAUUGUGGAAUUUUAAAAAAAAGGCUUAACUAAUUUUCACAAAUUAAAUAUAGAAUUGGCAAAACGGGGGCAAAUAUAGAUGAUCUGGAAUUAUUCUGUAACUUUGUUAUAGUUAGACCAUGGGUAUUUGUGCUUUGAUUUAGAAAUUUGGAUUUAUUUUGCAAAAAUUCCAAGCUUUGUCUUACCUGGAGUGUAGUCUCUCCCUUUGUCUUUGUGUGUGUGUGUGUGUGUGUGUGUGUGAAUGUAUAUGCAUGAUACUCAUAAAGUAUAAAUUGUAUUUGUUUAAUCAGUGUCCUUGCACACAAUCACUGACCCCCACACACUCAUUUUGACACCCACACUCUGACCCAAAUGUUCACUCCAUACUCACACACAAACCCAUACACACUCCAUACACCCAUACUGACCUAUUUACACACAAAUCAAAUCUGAAACGCUUGCUCUACAUGUUUCAUAUUACUAGCGGCCUUAAUCGUACAGUCGGUCUGCAGCUUGUCCCAUUGACUUCAAUGCCCAAAGUGCUGGCCGCAAAGUUUUGUCGUAUGCAUCACAAGGAGCAUCCUCCUACGCUGGGCAGUCUACUGCGGCCACUAGCUGCCCUUCCGGUGAAGCAGACAGUCCUUCCAUCGCACUAAUACUCCUCUGUGGCAGAAUGAAAAGAAUUGAAAAUAUGUGUGUGUGUGUGUGUGUGUGUGUCUUUCUGACUGUCUGUUUAAACCAUUAAUACUAGGUGUCAUUUUCUUUUGAGUUUUUUUUUUUUUGUAUAGAUUAUUUGCAUGAAAGUUAGUCUGUGUUGGAUUUUAGAGAUUAGCUUUCUUUUACGAUUUUACAAAAUUGAUACCACUGUAGAUGGGAACAGUUUUUUUUAUUUUUAUUUUUUUCUGAGCAAUUUUCUUUUUUUCCUUUUUCUUUCCUUUUUUUCUUUCCUUUUUUUCUUUCCUUUUUUUUUUUUUUUUUUUUUUUUUUUUUUUUUUUUUUUUUUUUUUUUUUUUUUUUUUUUUUUCCUUUUUUUUUUCUUUUUUCUUCCCACUCUACCCCACUACACACACUCCAAAAAAGUACAUUGUGUUUGUCUACCGGUUUACACGUGAAGUUAGAUAUCUUUACCUUGCUACAGAGGGAGAGUAUGAUCAAUGUGAUCAAGCAGAGCAGGUUUCUCUAUUGUGGCUGCACAAUUUUCUGUUUCUGUUAUCAGUGGACUGGUCGAAAACCGAGAUGGAUCUGUAAGGGGAGGUUGGCAGAAGAAACUCUCCUAGUUAAGGGGUGUGCACAAAAAUCCAAUCUUAAAAUUGUGCAACAAACAUUUAUAAACCUGGUCAAAGCUUUUCUUGCUUUAUUUUGGUUUGUAUAUUUAAAUGUUUGCUGGUUUAAAAAAAUUAUCAAGUGAUACAUGUCCCUUUAAGAAGGCCUAGGUAGGUUAAUCAUUGCAAUGUUUGGCAAAUGUAACUUUUGCUCUAAAAUCAUCUCUUUCAAAGUAUUGCUUCUCAACUGUCUGAUUCAUAUUUGAAUGUCAUUGUGGAAGUGGAUUGCAUUUUAUCAAGUACAUGGCUUGUCUUAGUACAGCUAGGGUGAAAAUUAAGCUCUUUGCUUGAGCAAUAAACGAGCAUGUGGGCUGCCUGAAGGGGGUGUUGGCUUGUACACAAGUGCUUGUUGUAAAGAAAGCCUAAAGCAUUAGUGCGUGGGGGAAUGAAACAGGUGGGGGUUUAAAAUCUCAUUGUAUGCAAUAUUCAAGCCAUGCAAUCUGGUAAAACUGCACCAACCAUUUUAAUUUAAUUUGCAAGCUAUGUAAACCUUAACUGUUUUUACACCGCAUUGACUGUAAUGUUAAUGACCAGGUGACACACAGUACUGCUUUAAGAGUGUUGGUAAUGAUAAAUACCACUCCUCAUUCCUAUCUUUUGUCUGCUCUUAAUGCAAACAUAUUUUUUGAUGGUGUUUUAUUAUGUACUUUAACAGACAAGGUUAAACAUUAACAUUUGGCAUUGAAGCGACUGAGUGGAGGGUAAAAAAAGACACUUGCAAAGAUCUUUAUGGAAGUUUGGGCCUUCAGCCAGGCAGAUUAACCAGAGUUAGAAUAUUUCUGCCUCUUUUAAUUUUUGGUCAGUUAUUUCUCAUUGAAUGGCUUUAAUUACAGUAAAGUAUGUAAAUAGAGCAUUUGUUUUGACUGAUGGCACAUACAUGAAUACUUAUCAUUCGUGGCCCACAUAUAUUUCUAUUUGUAGAUUUUCUUUACAUGAAGAAAAAACAAGUGCCAUUCGUAAUUUUAUAUAACAUUAACUCAGGGCGUGACAACUCUCAGGUCGCCAUGGCGACUAGAAAUGUUGUCAUUGUGCCUGAGAUUUGUCAGCCGGCUGGGCAAACAAUGGAGUCGGCCGGCUCAGGGAGCGUUGUAGCUGGCCGCACUGGGCUGUAUGGAGUCGGCCUGCUCAGGGAGCGUUAUAGCCGGCUGCCCUGGAAGGCAUGGAGGCAGCCAGCUUAGGAAGCUUUGUAGCUAGCCUCUCUGGGCUGUAAUGGAGGUGGCCGACUCAGAGAGCAUGUAGCCGACCACCCUGGAGAGCAUUGAGACAGCGCACGAGAGAGCAGUCUUCCUGCAGCUCCUCUCUGGGCUGUAAUGGAGGUGGCCGACUCAGAGCAUGUAGCCGACCACCCUGGAGAGCAUUGAGGCAGCGCACGAGAGAGCAGUCUUCCUGCAGCUCCUCUCUGCUCCCUCGCGCUGUGUAAUUAUGCCGGGAGUCGGAAUAUGACAUCAUUCCAGCCCCGGCAUUGCUUCAGGAAGAUCACUGCUCCCUCGAACGCAGGAAUAGCAGCCCCACUGGACCCCAGGUAAAGUCCACUCAUCUCUCCCCAUGGUGGGGAGGCUGGGUGGAUUAGAAUUAAAAAUAUGAAGUUGCGAGUGUUAGGGAAAGUUUGUGUGUAUAUGCAUGUUCUCUAUGGGGAAACAUUCAGCACCUCCAUGCAGAGUGUUGACACAGGUCCCUCUAGUGGCUGUCUGAGUGACUGUCACUAGAGGUCUUAGUAGGUAGCAAUGUAAACGCUGGCUCCUAAUUUGUUUAGCUGGCUCCUAACUUCCAAACAAAUUUGUCAAGCCCUGCAUUAACUGACCAGGUUUCUGCUCUUUAGCUCCACCCACUUGUUUUUUAUUGGCUUGCUGUUAAAGAACACUAUAGUGUUAGGAAUACAAAUAUGUAUUCCUAACACUAUAUAGUGUACCCCUACCGAUCUUGGUCAGGUGAGAGUUUUGAAGGUGAGCUUUGUUUACCUUAACUCCCUUUUCUUUCACUGGUCUAACAGCAGCAACUCCUCCUUGGUUGAGAUCUUUAACAUUGGGAGGCUAUUGCAUAUGCACAUCAAAUUGCCACCCUACGCCAGUCAGAUUGUCUCUAGGAAUAACAUUUUUGAGACUAUAGCAUGACUCUGUUCUUACAGGAUAAGCACUUUUGGUGACUGUCAGUAUGACAUCCACUAAAUGUGCAUUUGGUUCCCAUUAUACAGCCCUACGGAAUUUGCUGGCGCUAUAUAAAUAAUAAAAUAAUACAAAACUGCAAUGUUUUAAACUGAAGCUUUCAAACUAGAUGGCCAAUGUGCCCAGGUUUUAUAGUGUCUUGAUUUAAGGAAUAUGACAAUGAGUUCAAGGUGUUGCCUUGGCUUCCGGAUUUCAAUCUGAGGAUGUGCUGGAACAACUCUGGUCCAUGGGUGAUGUGGCUUGGUUGCCUUUAGCGGUCUUUUAAUUUGCAUGUUAUUUAGAUUGUUUAAAAAUAAACUAAAUUAAACAAACCCAGUUUAAAUGCCCACUUCCAUGGAAGUGCCAAGUUCUGCAGAAUUUGUUGGCGCUAUCUAAAUAUAAUGGUUGACUAAACUUCUCUUCUUGAAGCAACUAACUUCCUCCUAAUUUGUCUUCAGCUCCUUCAAUCUUCACCUGCUUGAAGGCAAGCAUUGUUUUUGUAAAUAUUGUAAAGUGUGUGUGUGUGUCCUUUAAACCCUUAAGGACGGCGGGUGUACUAUGCCGUUUGAUGCAAGUUUGACAUCAAAAUCUCAGUCAUAAACCUGUAUCUUUGGGGAAUACACACACAAACAUGAACAUUGUGAAAAUUGUAAAAACGCAUGACCCCUUUCCAGCCAAGGCCAUUGACCAGGUUGCAAUCAAGUUGAAUGCAUGUGUUAAUGUAAAUUAGAGAAAUAAAUGGGUUGUUUUGGCAGGUGAGUGUGGGGUGUGGGCUGGCAAUGUAAAUGAGGGAAUAGUUCACAUGGAUAUGGAAAUGUACUUUGGGUAUGGCAAUCAUUAAAUUAACUUUUUUUGUUGGCACAAGAAAAUCAGGUUAUGUUCCAUCUAAAAGUUAGAAUGUUUUUGCUAAUUUUGCAUGCACAGCGGCACCUGGAAUAUAUUUUCAAUUUUACAAGUCCCUAAACAUUUAUCACAACACUUAAUCAACUUGUUGUGGUCUCACAAUUUUGGUAUAUUCUGAUUGUUGAGCCUUCAUAUUUAGUUUUUGGCUAUAGUUUUAGUUUGUUUUGUUGUUCAAAUCACACAACCUUAGAAAUUGCAUGUACACUGAUUACCACAAGAUUAAAACUACUUGCUUAAUAUCGUAUAGGUACACCUUAUGCUGUUAAAAUAGCUCUGAUGCAUCAGCUCCGCAAGACCUCUGACCAUGUCCUGCGGUAUCUGGCACCAAGACAUUAACAAAAAAGAGGGCAUAGAACGCCUGCUAUCCUUAACACUCCCGGCUGUCCUAUUCGCUUACCUGCUUACUGGCGAUCCCACGCUGGCUAUCGCCAUGGGGGACUUACCUGGCAUCUCAGGGAGUCCCUCUGUGUCUGAUCCGGACCUACUGGGCCAUGUGAUCACGAGGUCCUUGCGAGGACCUCAUGAUCACAUGGACAGAAUAGCUGUCCCUAGCAAUGCCAGCAGGGGGAGUGCAUGGAAUGACAGGCCGUCCCCCUGCUGCAUGAAAUAGUUUAAACGCAGUUUAAAAUUAAAUAUAUACUUAAAAUAUAUAUAUAUAUUUAUCUGUGUGUAUAUAUAUUGCCUCAAAAUACAUGUAGAAUUAUAUUGAUUAAAUCAAAAUGAUCAUAUAUUUAGAAAUAAAAUAAAUAUGUAAAUACGUUAAAUAAAGUGUAAAUUCGUUCUAACUGUAUUUUAAAAUUAAUAUAUUGAUAUCAAAAUACAUUUAGAACGAAAUUAUAUAUAUAUUCUGCAUAAGUAUAUACGUAUAUAUCCCUAUAUAUCGAUAUAUAAAUAAAAAUAAUUUUAAAAAUUCUAUAUUUACACACACACAUAUAUAUAUAUAUAUAUAUAUAUAUAUAUAUAUAUAUAUAUAUAUAUAUAUAUAUAUAUAUAUACAAAUACGUUAAUGAAAAAUAAAAAAAAUUAUUAAAAUAUGUGUAAUUUUGUUCUAAUGGUAUUUUAAAACUAAUAUAUAGAUAUCAAAAUAAACCUGGAAUGAAAUAUAUCUAUAUACACAAAUAUAUACAUCAAUUCUACAUAUAUUUAUGUAAUAUUUUUACAUAAUUAGGUCAUUUUAUUAACCCCUUAAGGACCAAACUUCUGGAAUAAAAGGGAAUCAUGACAUGUCACACAUGUCAUGUGUCCUUCAGGGGUUAAUUACAAUUUGUGGGACCUGCCUGACAACCCAGGCAGAAAAUCCAGAGAAUUUAAUUUGCUAGCACAAUAUUUAAACCUGUAACUUUCCUAAACACCAUAAAACCUGUACAUGGGGGUACUGUUUUGCUCGGGAGACUUUGCUGAACACAAAUAUUAGUGUUUCAAAACAGUAAAACGUAUCACAAUUAUAUAGUCAGUGUAAGUGAAUUUUUUUUUGCAUUUUUCACACACAAACGACACACUGACGAUAUAAUUGUUGUGAUACAUUUUACAGUUUUGAAACACUAUCACACAGGUUUUAAGGUGCUUUCAAAAGUUAGUCAAAUAUAAGGCUUGCGUUUCAUUUUUUUCACAUUGAAAUUCGCCACAUUGGUUACAUUGCCUUUGAGACCAUAUGGUAGUCCAGGAAUUAGAAUUACCCUCGUGAUGGCAUACCAUUUGCAAAAGUAGACAACUCAUGGGGUAUGUUCAGUCUUUUUUUUUAUUUUAUAGCUACUUAGUCACAAACACUGGCCAAAAUUGGCAUUCAAAUUAGUUUUUUGCAUUUCCCCCCCCCCACACAAAUAUAAAUGCUACCUUUGGCCAGUGUUUGUAACAAAGUGGCUACUGAAAAAGACUGGACAAUACCCCAUUUGCAAUACCUUGGGUUGUCUACUAUUGCAAAUGGUAUGCCAUAAAACCUGUAUAUGAGGGGUACUGUUAUUCUCAGGAGACUUCGCUGAACACAAAUAUUAGUGUUUCAAAACCAUAAAAAGUAUCGCAACAAUUAUAUCGUCCGUGUGUGAAAAAUGCAAAACAUUUCACUUUUAAUGACGAUAUCAUCGUUGUAAUAAAUGUUACGGUUUUGAAACACUAACAUUUUGUGUUCAGCGAAGUUGUCAGUAAAACCGUCCCCCCCCCCCACCCCCCAUGUACAGAUUUUAUGGUGUCUUGGAAAGUUACAGGGUUAAAUAUAGUGCUAGCACAUUAAAUUCCUUGGACUUUUGGCCUGGGUUGUCAGGCAGGUCCUACAAAUUGUAAUUAAUAAAAGGACCUAAUUAUGUAAAAUUAUUAUAUUUAAGUUUCUCUUUAUUGAAAUAUUUUUUUACAUUCACAAAUACAUAGAAUUACUUUGGUUACCGUUAAUAUAAAAAAAUGACAAUUAACACGUAACAAGACAUACUUAACAAACAUAACAAUCAUUCAUAAGUUAUUGGUUGGAGUCUAUAUAUUUUACAAAAGGAAAUACGUUUUAAGACAAACCUGUUAUCUGAUAUGAUAAGGAGGAUAAGUAUUUAUUGAAAACGUUCUUUAAUCUUUUUUUAUCCAAUUAUCAAAAUGGUGUAUAUUUUCUAUUAUUAUUUGAAUAUGCGACUCCUCUCUCCAUUUCAAGCUGGAAUAACAAUUGAGCUAUAAACUGUUUCAUAUCUGGCAUUAUUUGAUUCCAAGUUCUUGCAAUUAGUAUUUUCGCUGCUAUAAAGGAAUGGAUGGUCAAUACUAAUUGAUCUCUUGGGAGUCUAUCCCAAUUCAGAUGAAGUAGACCUGCCUUUGGGCAUAUUUUAACUUUAAUAUUGAAAAGCUCCAAAAAAAUAUAUACUGAUUCCCAUAAGGUGCUUAUUUUUAGGCAACCCCACCAGAUAUGUAACAUAUCUUCCUCAUGUGUUAGACAUCUCCAACACAGGGAGGAAUUGGACAAGGAUAUCUUAGCCUGCCUUGGUGGAACUAGGUACCACCUGUGAAGAACUAAAUUUAAGCAGUGUAUUUCUAAGUAAUUUCAUAGGUGAGCACCAAGUCUUGUCAGAAUAUUUGACAUUAAGCUCUUUUUCCCAUUGCUUUUUAACUGUAGGAUGAAUGUCUGAAUACGCUUGUCUAAUUAAAUCAAUAGCAACGGAACAUAUUGAUUUAGUUUCAUUUUUGUCGGAAAUUUUAUAUACCAAAUUAUUUGUCCCCUUCAUUUCUUAAUAAGGACUCAUUUAGAAAUCCUCUUCCUCUCAUGUAAGAAAAGAUUUCUAUGUCCAAAACAUCAAUUUUGGAUUUGAGGUUAUUGCAUGGCAACAGUCUAAUGCUUUGGAGGAGCUCUUUAAUAUAAAUCUCUGUAUGAGCUCUCCAUUUGGAGAGAUUUAGAUCAAGCAUAACUUUUUCCAAAACCCGAAUGUUCGCUUCUUCAAUUGUUUUUGUUUUUUUGGCUAUAUUAAGACAUUUUUUGAUUUGUUGCCAUUCCUCAAUAAGAUGGGAUACAAUAAUAGAAUUGAGUUGAGUUAAAUUAGUCUUAUCGUUAGUUUUAUCAUCCCAAAUCAGAAGGGCUAUAUCUUUCUCUUUUGUUCUUAUUGAUUCUAUCUGAUACCAGGGUUGUUUUCUCGAGUCUGGGAUAUGGAAUUUUAUGAAUAUGGGAAAUAUUAGUGCUAUAUAUCUUUAAUGAGUGGAAAAGCCAUUCCUCCUUGAUUGAUUUUAUUUGUUAAAAUUUGGGAUUUUGGGGGGCGUGGCUAACCACAGAGCAAGAUGGUCGCAUGAAACCUCGCUCCGGCACCUGGGCACCUAAUCUAAUGCGAUCCUAGUGUUGUACACAGCAUCUGCUGCCACAAAAUAACGAUGUCUCACCACAAAGGCAAGAGGAGCUUGGCAAAACCGGACAAGCUCAAUUUUUUUCAGCCAAAAGCAAACUUCUGCGACAAUGGCGACGCAGGCUUCAAAAGAACACAUGGACCCGGAAUCGGAUGAUGGCGCACAAGCUGAUUCCCUGGAAUCGACCCCAGACACAUCACAAAUAACAAAAGCUGAUCUCACAGCAGCCCUGGAAACCCUAUCUAACAAACUCAUCGCAACAUGGCAGCACACAGCAGACUCCAUGCGCAAAGAUAUACAAGAACUGGGUAAGCGGACAUCGCACAUGCAGGACAAAUGUGACGAAUUCGCCACAGCCCACAAUGAUUUGGCCACAACAGUAGAACGCAUGGCAAAAAACAUCAACAAUCUAGAAGAAAAGUUGGCAGACCUGGAAGAUCGCUCGCGUCGAAACAAUCUCCGUCUGCGGGGAGUGCCCGAGGAUGUCUCCAACGACGAACUGCAGGCAUACGUGCGGAACCUACUGCAUACCCAUGCACCGGAGAUACCAACAGACAUGCUACUUGUAGACAGGGUACAUCGCCUCCCGAAGCCCCGGCACCUCCCUCAGACGGUACCUAGAGACAUAUUACUUCGAGCACACUACUUCCAUAUUAAGGAACACAUACUCAGAAGCAGUAGAAUGCGGGCUAAACCUCCGCCCGAAUACCCCACUGUUCGGAUUUAUGCAGACCUGUCGGCUGCCACUCUUCGGAAAAGAAGGGAAUUCUCUCAAGUGACCAAUACACUACGGUCGCAUGGUAUUCGAUACAGAUGGGGCUUCCCCACUAAAUUAAUAGUCACAAAAGUCGGCGACACGACAGUGCUGAACUCUCCAGAAGAGGGGGUAACGAAACUGAUGGCUUGGGGCAUGCCGGCGGAGCCGGCAACAAAUCCUACACACCAAGCAGGUACACUCAAGCGAGACUGGAAAAAAUCCCAGGUUAAACAUUGAACCAGCUGACAAACUGGUCUGCGGACACAGACCCUUUUUCCAUGUACAAACUCUGUAACUCAAUGCAACAGAAGAGAAAUUGGCUGGUCUCCCUCCACCACGGAUGAAAAGGAAUUUUGGAAUGCCCUGUAAUAAACGGUUGCUCCAUGCGGAGUCCUCACAGUUGUGGGUUACCGGACCGGGAUCUUCCGCCACCCCUGUAACGAAGCGUGCGCAGAGCAGUGGCAACUGCGGGGGACCCCGGUCUGGACCUUGACACAGGACGGUGGGACACCAUCUCCCUCUGACUCAUAGAGAUCCCCUUUCCUGACCCUAAGCCUCUGGGCAACAAGACAUUUGCAUCACCAAGUGCUCGUGAUGGCAGGCAAACACGAGGCCGGCAUAGGAAGAUCUGAUCGGGGCUAACGGACAUUGUCAACUGCCAGAGCCAUGAGAGGAGCUCCGAGGGUCCCGUAAGGCAACGGGGGGCCUGCGACCUAGGCCUCCUAUGAAUGUGGACUAUAACUGGGGAAAAUGUUAUGUAGAGCAGAUGAAUGUAGAAAGGGGAGGACGCUAGCGGCGGGAAUGGUGUCUAACCCUCACUGGGUAAAACUGCUGUCUAUACAUGUGCCCAUACUGGGAAGUAUAUAUAGUGAUACAUCAGGUUUCUACACAAACACAGGUUCGAACCAAGCCAGAUAUACAACCUCGGCACAUUGACAAGGAAAACCCCCUCUGGGGGAACUCACUGGUGGCACAUAUGGAAUGGCCUAGCGCCGGCUGGGACCACCCCAAACCCAGCCGACGCUGCGUCAAUGAAAUCUACGCCAGCUGAGCAAAUACACCCAAGCGCACCCCUCACACUACAGCUGCAACACAUCAAGGUACAAAUAGGUGCCCAAAUAGCCACAUUCAUGGUAGAGAGUUCUCUCCUCCACCCCUCAAAUGUGGUACAACCACACACUGUCUCCACGGGAGACACCCUGUAUAUAGUUCAAACUCCCUCCCCUAGUUUAUCUCCCCCAUCCCAAGACAUCCGUGAUCGGAUACAAACUCCUAAAGGGGCAAAUAAGAAUCCUGCCCAACAUCGACACUGGUAUGCCCACAUACCACCAUACAAUAAUGGGUCUGACCCCCACUCACCUCCACUAUUGACACUAAUACUACAACUGCCCCUUCCACGGUACGAAGGGAAAGAAAAUUUAACACUGAACUUUUGUAACAGCAUUAUUCCAUACGAAUCCACAAAUGAUGAAAAUACUGACUAUUAACACCCGAGGCAUAAACACACCACACAAAAGGAGGCUCCUCAUAGAAGAAGCAAACAGCAACAAAACAGACAUACUGUUCAUACAGGAGACACAUUUUGUACACAACAGAGUACCCAUGUUUGCGAGCAAGGACUACCCUACGCAAUUUCACUCCACCUAUUCAUCCAAAUCUAGGGGUGUCUCCUUCCUUAUCCACGCCUCAGUCACAUUCGAACUCCUGAAUCUCAAGAGAUCCGCAAGGACGCUAUUUAAUAAUGCAUUGCAGUAUCAAUAACGCCUUGUAUACAUUAGUGGGAAUAUACAGCCCCAAUACAGACCAAAGGAACUUUCUUCAGAAAGUUUUAAAUAAAAUUCCCACUACCUACCCAUCAUCCACAAUUGUUUGUGGAGACUUAAACCACGUCAUGCAGCCCAGACUAGAUACUACACAGCCGGCUGAGUCCUCAAGAAGUAAAUCCUUAAACAGGCCACAACAUUGUUGACACUCCUCACGGAGCACAAUCCAUACGAUGUGUGGAGAGCACAACACCCGAAUGAUCGGGAAUUCACCUUUUACUCUUCAGUACAUAAAACAUACUCCAGAAUUGAUUUUAUAUUCGUCUCGGGUGACAUACUGUCAAACGCCCUCCAAAGUGAGAUAGGAGACAUAGUCUGGUCUGAUCAUGCCCCGGUAAUGCUGACCUUAACAGAUCAAUUUCAAUCCCGCAUAACAUCGCCGUGGCGCAUGAAUGAGGCUCUUCUACAUAACUCUAACUUUACCACUAAACUCACUGAAGAAAUCACUUCGUUCUUCGCCAUAAACGAGACACCUGAGGUCUCUUUAGCCACGAUGUGGCUGACACAUAAAGCAUUCAUCCGUGGUCUCAUGAUCAGCCAGGCAUCUUAUCUAAACAAACAAGCAAAGACAGAAUACGUAACCCUCAUGAGACAGCUCAGGGACGAAACAUCUACACAAACCCUAAGCCCAUCUACCACCACGCAACAGAACAUAGACCAAAUCAAGAAACGAUUAAAUGACAUUCAUCUCCACAAAACAGCCACGAUAACCUACAGGCUCAAACUCAGAACGUACACGCAGGGAAAACACUAGCAGCCCUCCUACGACAAAAAAGGCAGAACUAAAAAAUCCCCUUCCUCACAAACUCCUUAGGAAACAAGGUGUACAACCCCUGUGACAUCAAUGAUAUGUUGGCGGACUAUUAUGAUGCAUUAUACAAUCUAAAAAAAGGACGAACAUACACACCAACCACUUAUCUCAGACAUCAGCACGUUCCUAGCAGUAACCCACACAACACAACUUACACAAGCAGACAGGUCCUUCUUGGAAGAACCCAUUACUCAGAAUGAAAUAACAAGCACCAUUAAAGCACUCCCAAAGGGGAAAUCUCCUGGCCCAGAUGGCUUUAUCAAUGCCUACUACAAAACCUUCUCUCACAUUCUAACUCCUAUACUAGAAAAACUCGACAAUAAUAUUCUCGAGACAGGCAAAAUACCGCAAGAAAUGCUGUUGGCCCACAUAGGGAAGCCACCUUGCAAAUGUCAAAAUUUAAGGCCCAUAUCGCUCCUAAACACAGACUUAAAAAUACUAGCAAAAAUAUUCGCUAACAGAUUGGGAACACUCCUCCCCAGAAUAAUUCGGGACGACCAAGUGGGCUUUGUGCGGGGCAGGCAGGGCUCGGACGGAACCAGGAAACUUGUUAACAUCCUCCACAACAUCCAGACAUCGGGAGAACCUAGUGUGGCACUGUCGUUAGAUGCUGAGAAAGCAUUCGACAGGCUACACUGGGGAUACCUGGAGGCGGUAUUGAGGAAAUUUGCCUUCCCAGAGGGCUUCAUCACCUUAAUUUCAGCGCUGUACGAUAACCCCACAGCAAAAAUAGCAAACGGUGGCUUUAUUUCCAAGCCAUUCUAGGUCUCUAACGGGUCCCGACAGGGCUGCCCGCUCUCUCCACUAUUAUAUAUACUGGCGUUAGAACCCCUAGCACAACGAAUACGGGACUCCCCAAACAUUAAAGGGAUUACCAUAGGAGGGAAAACGCACAAAAUCACUCUGUUCGCCGAUGAUGUGAUGCUCACGGUAUCGCAUCCUGACACCUCACUACCGCAUCUCCAAAAUAUACUGACACAGUUUGGCAAUUGCUCAUAUUAUAAACUUAAUAUUAGUAAGACACAAGCCAUGGGCCUUAAUCUCACUGCGGGGCAACUCACAAACUUACAAAGCAAACACACAUACGAUUGGAGAAGGGACCACUUGACAUUCCUGGGAAUUCACCUCACGCCCACAAUUAGGAAACUGUAUAAAGCGAAUUACCUUACUUUACUUAGUAAUAUUAAACACCAACUACACAGCUGGAAAGGGAAAUAUAUAUCCUGGACAGGUAGGAUAGCGGCAGCAAAAAUGAUACUACCAAAGCUGCAAUAUUUAUUUAGAACACUCCAAAUCCAACUACCAAAGAAGUUUUUUACUGAAACCCAACGCCUACUAAAUGGUUUCAUAUGGGGAGGAAAACGCUCUAGAGUAGCAGCAGCCACCAUGUAUAAACCCUUCAGGGAGGGAGGGAUGGGAGCACCAGAAAUUAUGGGAUACUACACAGCGGCUCUAAUGGGUGCCCUCAUGACGACCUUCCACCACACUCAACCACCGCCAUGGCAUCAAAUAGAAAUGGCGCAUAUGGGCGGCAUGUCAUUGCCCACCCUGGCCUGGAUCCCCAAACAAAAAAGGCCACGUUACCUAAACGCCUGCCCCACCACGACUGCAACACUUGCAGUGUGGGAUAGAUAUGUUAAAAAACACUAUGCCGCUCAGUAUGUCUCUCCUGCACUGCAAAUCCAAGCGUUUAAUGUCCUAAUCCCUGGAUUUGACCAUGGCCUAUGGCAUGAUCAUGGGAUCAAGUGCUUAUCCCAAAUAAUGACGGAUGGCCACCUGCUGACUUAUGACUCGCUCUCGAACACAUUCAAUUUGCCACCCAGAGCCUAUUUCGCCUACCUACAAAUACACUCGUGGGUGGGGAAACACGUUAAGGUGGAUAGGACGCACCAUCAAGACACUACACUAUCUGUGAUCGAAAAAAUGUGCAUAACCAAUAAGCAGCCGCAAAAAUUGCUAUCUUUCCUAUACAAAACAUUAAAAACCCAGACACCACCAAAAACAUUACACUUUGUGAGAGCUUGGGAACGAGAGUUGAACACAGAUAUACCAGACGAAGACUGGUCCAAAAUCCUGUCGACUCAUAAGCACCUAACGCUGAACACAUCCCAUAUAGAAACUAGCAGGAAGGUGUUAUACCGAUGGUACAUGGUACCAACUAAACUUCACAAACACGAUAGCCAGAAAUCAAAGGCUUGCUGGAGGUGCCUACAAGACCCAGGCACAAUGCUCCACAUAUGGUGGACAUGUCCAAAACUAAAACCCUUCUGGGGUGGCAUUUCUAAUAUUAUUACGGCAUCCACGGGACUUGUCAUACUAUUCUCCCCAGAAGCUUACUUACUACUAGCACUGCCCCAAAAACUGAAAAAAGCGUACCGGUAUCUUACUUACCAUAUCAUCAUUGCAGCGCUCAUGCUCAUAAGCAGAAUGUGGCUCAAUGAAGCAACCCCAGACAUUGACAAAUGUUUAGCCCAGGUGGAAACUACCAAAUCAUAUGAAAUAGCCGCUAGACAGACGAGGGCAGUUAGUGGAGUUUGGCAAACGGCAUGGAGAAAAUGGGAUGAGUGGCGACAGUCAGCCACAAUGAGCAAAUAGUCAAGAAGGCCCUGGAAAGGGAUCAGAGCCACAACAAAACCGAUCACCUUCCCCCCCCCUCCCCACACACCCCCCCUCUCUUUCUCCUACCCCCCACUCCCAGUUCUCUCUUUACAUCACGAUAUGGAACACUGGUUGAGCCUGGAUUAGAGGUUGACGAGUUGAGAGAUCUAGGCAUCGAAGCAGGUUAUAGUUAUGUAAACACAUGUUACGAUAUUACAUUAGUCUCCUCAUUGUUAACUUCAUAAUGUACACUUUACCAAGAAGUGUGAUAGACUUCCCCAAUAUAACCACUGUUCCAUUUCUCUGUAUAUGUAUAUGUGAAACAUGUUUCAAGUACUGAAAAACCAAUAAAAAUUAUACAAAAAUUUGGGAUUUUGUUCUUGGUAUUUUCCCAUUCCAAAUAAAAUUAGAAAGUGAAUGCUGAAGCAUAUCUAACCAAGGUUUAGGAACUAACAAUGAAAUCCUAUUGAAAAUAGAAGCCCAUUUGGGGAUAACAUAGGUUUUUAUUGUAUUGACUCUUCCUCACCAAGAAAUUUCCAAGGGGCACCAUUCUUUCAGAGUUUUAUUUGUGUAUUUUAUCAUUUUUAAAAAGUUGGUCUCCACUAUUUUUUGAGGAUUUGCCGUAAUAGUAAUUCCUAAAUAUUGGAACUUUUUUUUAGGUUUUUUUUUUUUUUUUUUUUUAGUCCAUUGGAAAUUAUACUUCUCUUGAAGAGAACCUAGCAUAUAAGAAUUUACAUUAAUACAUUAAGAUUUCUUAUAGUUUGAAACAGCCCCAUAGUUUUUAAUCUCUUGCAUUAAAUGAGUGAGAUGGCAGGAUCUGUAAUAGAGAUCAAUACAUCAUCUGCGUAUAGGCAUAUCUUUAAUUCUACUUCCUUUAUCAUACCUCUUAUUCCCAAAUUUUCUCUGGUUAUUGCUAAUGUUUGGGCAACCGGGUAAAUACAAAGGACGGCAGGGACGUGUUAUGCCACCCCCAAGCGCUUAGAGCCGGGUCCUCAAGGACGUCAUAGCACUGCCGCCCACGUUAAAGGGUUAAUGUAAACGCUACCUUUUCUAUGAAAAGCCAGUGCUUACUGCUAAAAGUGUGAGGGGACUGACUAUACUCACCAAUGAGCUGUAGUUCAUUGGUGAGUAUAACGUUUAACGUCCACUUUACUAUGAGCUUUAUUGCUGUGGAGAUCUGAUAGAUAUAGAUGUAUAGAGAGAGAGAGAGAGAGAUAUCUCUCUCACCCACACACACCAGCAAUAUGAAGCUUCUAGAAAUGAGUAUUAUUAGGAUAGAAAAGAAAGAUCUGGGCCCAAAAUAGGGACACUUGGAUGAUAUGUCCUCUUAGAAUUAUGUAAUAAAAACAGUCUUGACUGUCACUGUAGCCAUGCAUUUUGUUUUGUUUUUUUCCAUUCCUAAAAUAUUUGCUUUUGUCCAAAGUAAAGUUAAAGUUUAUGGUGUGGUGUGUUUUUUGAGGAGCAGUCAUUAUGCUUCAUAUCUGCUUCACAUCUCCUUAUAUUGAUUGUGUAGGGUUGAAUGUGUCAUUACAUGGAAACUGAUGUAAAUAGCUAAACCUGACUGUGACUUACAUUUUUAUUUAAACUACUUUUGUAGCCGCAUGCGUAUCGACACCUGUUCAUUAUUUCUUACUAGGCUUAUUAUUAUUGAAGUAAAAAAAUCCUUGACUUGGUUUUCCAAUCUCUUAAUGUCCUAAUUGCAUGGUUUCUUCCAUGGACUGACUCUUCAGUGUGUAUGAAUUGUGAAUCAAAAUGCUCAAAUUAUUCUAACUGAAAUAUUUAAGUACAAGUUGUAAAAAAUAUCAAUAUAUAAAGUCAAAUGUAAGUGUAAAAUUUAGUUAUCUGUGAAAAGCAGAGUAAAAUGUUUAGGUUUCUUGCAAAAUUAUGACAUGUCAAACUGUAUGCCAUAGCUCUCUUUUCCAUAUUGAAAUCAGUUCAUCGGUGUCAUUGUGCAGCCCUGCGGAAUUUAUUGGCGCUAUAUAAAUAAUAAAAAAAGUAUGCAACGUUACUUUGGGUUCUAUUUUUUUGCAUAUAUUUGUAAUUGCAUUACAAAGGGUUAAAUACAGCAGGUGGUGCACCACGUUUGAUCACAAUGUAAAUUGUUUUUCUUAUUACAUUAUGCCACUAUCGAUUGUCACUUUAUACUGUUUAAAGUAACCCACAACAAGAUUACUUUUGAUUAGUGCAACUUUAAGACUUUUUUUUAAAAUUCUUUAUUUUUAUUUGUGCAUGUGGUAACAACAAGCGUGCAACGCCACAACAGCUGCUGCAAGUGUUUUCAUCGCAUUUCAACAUAUGGCAGUUUAAACAGCACAAUUUUUUUUAAGAGAACAUGAAAAUAACAGGCUAUGUAACAUUAGUAUCUCUCAUUGACCAUGCUUGGUUAUACGAACUUAUGAUAAAUUUAGUUGCCCUUAAGAGUUACUAGUUAGCUAGAAGUGAGGUGGAAGUAAGACCUAUCAGUUGGCUAUGGAGGAGUAAUAAAAAGGAUGGUAUGUCUUAGAGCUAGGGAACUCUUAGGCUAGUUUAAAUUAAGCUAUUACAGGCUAAACAUACACAUUAGUUGAAGUGAGCUCGGCUAUGCGUGACCAAUCCACUUAUUUAAGCAUGUUAGGCCAACUCUACUUGCUGUGGGGCAUAUUCACUGUAUGUGUUAUAGGGCCAAGCAGGGCCAAACAGGCAGGCAGUAUACAAGUAGCAUCAUUAUAUUUAGGCAUGAGUAUAAUGUACAGGCUGUCUGUGGUGCUUGUGGUUGAAGUGUGUUCAAAACUAUGCCGGUUAACGUUUUUCACGCUAGUGCUCUGAGUUUCCAAGUAGGAUGCGCAGAUCAAAGGGUUAGUUAGUUGGUAGGUGGUAAUCAGAGAGCUCAAGCUAGUCUUUUGCAGAAAAAUUACAAAAACAGAGAAACUUGGAGUUGAGGUACAAUCUUCAUGGCUAGCGUAUAUACGCAAACAUAAGAAAAAGAAAAAAUUUGCUUUCAGGCUGCAUACUAGCAAAGUCAGUCUAGGUAAGCCGCUGUAUUGCAGUGAAUAUGACUCUAGCUGCCAGGUAUAGGCCGGUUAUGAUUUUCAUACGUAGUAGCCUGAGUCUCUGAUCUGUUGGUCCGAUAAGUUUCCCAGGGAGCGGUUAAGGUGGUCAGUGGUGGUGGAGGGUCUGGCAACAGUUGUGGAGCAUCAAACUCGCUGGACCAGAUGGUCAACCAAUGCCUCUAGUCAGGGACGUAUUAGCCGCGAGGCAAACAAGGCAUUUGCCUUGGGCGGCAUUUUUCAGGGGGCGGCAAAAAACGCCGCCCCCCAAAUGCCCAGGGCAAAUUCCUAGUUAGCUUUGCGGCUGACAUCCCGGUCGGGCUGGGCGGCACUGGCAGGCGGGCGGCUGGCGAGGGAGCACUUCCUCUGAGCUGACUGCUCAGCUCCCUCGCGCGCCUCAGAGUGAGGCUGGGAGCUGGAAUAUGACGUCAUAUUCCGGCUCCCAGCCUCACUCUGCGGCGCGCGAGGGAGCUGAGCAGUCAGCUCAGAGGAAGAGCUCCCUCGCCAGCCGCCGCACAGCAGCCAGAGCCGCCCAGCCCGACCGCAGCCACUGGACCAGGGAGAGAGAGCCCCCAGCACUCCCGAAGGUAAGGAGGUUGGGGGGGGAUUUAGAUUAAAAAAAGUUAGUGUGUGUGUGUUUGUCUGACUGUGUCUGUGUCUGACUGUGUCUGUGUGUGUAUGUGUCUGACUGUCUGUGUGUGUUUGUGUCUGACUGUCUGUGUGUGUUUGUGUCUGACUGUGUGUGUUUGUGUCUGACUGUGUGUGUAUUUAGAAGGUGGGGCGGGGGGGAAGGGUUGGGUGGGGGUGGCGCGGGGGGAGGGGGCGCUUGAGUUUUGUCCUGCCUAGGGCAGCACAAAACCAGGAUACACCACUGCCUUUAGUGGACCACUUUAUGCAGUCUCUUUCCUUUUCAGCUGUUGUGUGUCGAGGCUCGAACCUCUGAGGGCUCAGAGUCUUUCUGCUGGGUGGUAGUGAGGCGAGGGUGUACCCCGGUCCCAAGCCCAUGCUGAGAGCCGUUGCUCUGUGCUGCUGGACAGGAAAUCAUUAAAGGACCACUCUAGGCACCCAGACCACUUCAGCUUAAUGAAGUGGUCUGGGUGCCUGGUCCAGCUAGGGUUAACCCAUUUUUUAAUAAACAUAGCAGUUUCAGAGAAACUACUAUGUUUAUUAAUGGGUUAAGCCUUCCCCCUAUUCCCUCUAGUGGCUGUCUCAUUGACAGCCACUAGAGGCGCUUGCGUGCUUCUCACUGUGAUUUUCACAGUGAGAGCACGCCAGCGUCCAUAGGAAAGCAUUGUAAAUGCUUUCCUAUGAGACCGGCUGAAUGCGCGCGCAGCUCUUGCCGCGCGUGCGCAUUCAGCCGGCGGGGCGUAACGGAGGAGGAGAGGAGGCAGAGAACUCUCCGCCCAGCGCUGGAAAAAGGUAAGUUUUUAACCCUUUCCCCCUUCCAGAGCCGGGCGGGAGGGGGUCCCUGAGGGUGGGGGCACACUCAGGGCACUAUAGUGCCAGGAAAACGAGUAUGUUUUCCUGGCACUAUAGUGGUCCUUUAAGUCCCAUGUUCUGCCCUGCCAGCGGAACGCAGGGCUGGGUCGUGUUUUUUCUGCGCCAUGCCAGUAAAUUGUUCCGCUUACGUGGUCGCAGCCGGGAGCCCAUCUGUUCCGUGGAGGCAGUUUCCUCCCGACCCCUCGCCCGGGCAGGCUGCGUGCUUAACUUGGGGAUAGUUGCUGUGCCCAGUGUGGGGCGCCUCUUCCUUCCGUUCCCCGCUCCAGUCAUGCAGUCCGGCUUCCGUUGCGGUGAUACCUUGCUCCUCACUCGGUGGGCUCGAUUCAGUCCGCUCUUAACUGGCAGGGAUUGCUGACUUGUCAUCGGUGUUUGCAUCCUUUCUCUUAAUCUAUGCCAGAAUCUGGUAAAAGCUGCGUCUAUACGCUGCUGAAUGUCGCUGUGAUCUUCCUUCUCAGGUGAGCGUGUCGGCUUGUCUGAUGUGCUUGCUGCCGCCAUUUUGGGUACGCCACAUGCUCUGCUGCCCCGAUGGUGCGGUUCCUCGAUUUGGUUACUUGGCCCUAAAUUGCCAUUCCUGUCGCUUGGUGUGGACCGAGAUGUCCCCCGUCGAGGGGGGGGGCUUUUAGGAGGGGUCCAUUUCCAGGUCAGUCAGCCUGGGGAGUGGCCGUCUCCCCGCUGCCUGAUCUCCGGUAGGCCUCAAGGCAUUUUGUCUGGUACCCGGGGGUUGCAGGCUUGAUUUUGGUAUCGGGUGAUACCCCCGGGUGUACCUUUCAGUGUGUGGCUGACAUAUUUUUUUUUUUGUGGGGAUCACCCCUGAAAAGUGCAUAGUGUAGCUGGAGCUGAGGCUCUGCUUGGAUGCCAGGCUCCGCACCCCGCAACUUUAAGACUUUUGAUCAGUAAAGAGAUCUUGGUAUAAAAGACAAGUUAAUUUAUAUCCAUUGUACAAACUACUGUAGUAAUUUGUUCGCUAUAAUUAUUGGAAUUGAAAUGCUUGGCUUGACGAUCAAGUUAAUAGCUUAAUCUAAAAAUAAACUAUUCAUUGUGGAUGUGUAGGAUUUUAGCUUUACCACUGCAUUUUAGGAGAAAAGUGAAAUUAUCUUUUAAAAAGUAAUUAUUUUGAUACUGAAUCCAGUCAGUCUGUAGUGGGAGUGAAGAAAGCUCAGAUUCUUUACCAUUUUUUUGUGCAUUGAUUUAGUAGUUUUUCUUUACCUGGUUAAUUCUUGAGAGGUUGAGGAAGUUGGGAAUGGCCCCAUAAUGUACAUGAAUCUAUAUGUUAAACUGCGAAAAAGGUUCUCUUCCAUGAUUAUAACUUUUUCAAAUUAUUUAAUCUAUAUGUUGUGUAGUUUGAUAACAAAGCUCUUUAGAAAUCAGUAUUAUUGGACAUCUUCUGGUUCUGACUGUAUACAAUGAUGCUAGAGGCAUGGAGGGAUUUUUUUUUUGUUUAUGGUGAUUUAAAUUUUACAAUUCUUAUGGGUGUAACUCUCUGCUUGAAAUAUCAGAAUAUUCUCUAGCUGAAGUCAAUAGUGGUGGUCAUGAUGCAUGAAGUCUUAUGUUAAGUAUUUCAAUGUGGAACACUGCACAUACUAGAUGUUUAAUUAUGCAGUGUAACUACUUCCAACCGCAUCAUUAGCAGCCCAGAACAAGAAUUUUGAGCCGCUUUUGAGAGUUCUGUGCACUGAAUACGUCCAUCAGCACAAAUAGCAUGCUGGUGACACAUUCAAUAGUGGCAUGGACUUCCCUCCAUGCAGACUUUAAAGUGAACAUGUUAUGCAAAAAACAACUUACUAGAAAUCACUCCCAUAUACAUAUGACACCCUGUAAAAGAUAAAUCUUGACUUACUUUUUCUCCGUGCCAGUGCUGCUCUGUAGCUGUUGCUCUUCAUUUAACACCCACUUUGGCAUUGACUGACAGCUGGGAGAAAAACCUAUUUUUAAAUAGGUUUUUCUCCUAAUCUAUACAUUUGUUAGCACAUUGUGGAGAUGAAAUGUUAUGCUCAAUAGAAUGAGCAUAAAUUGUUUGCGAUAUGACACUCCCCUUUACAUAAUCCCUCAACUUUGCCUUCCUGACAUCCCUCCUCAUGCACUGAGGGGAAGUGAUGUCAUGGAAGGUGGAUUUGCAGGUAAUUAUCACUCUCCACCAAUCCAGUGGUGCUUCUUGAGAAGUAUUGAUUAAAGUUAUUUAUGAGAAGCCCAGAAUCCAAAUCUUUUCUAUGAGAUGCAUUAGCUGUGUUCACUGCCUUUAUGCAGUGUUGGAAGUUCCUCGAAAAUUAAAGAUUUAAAGGAGGAAAGUGGCUCUCUGGUUCACAGAUCACAGACAUGAAGCAUGUUAUCUGCAAAAUGUAAGCAUUAUUAUUUCUUAUGAAUUGCUGUUUUACAUUGUCAGCGAAAGGGGACAGAAUCUAUGUACCAAAACCACUAGAUUAAGCUGUAGUUGGUUUGGUGCUUAGAGUGAACAGAUUUUCAGAAAGAGGUAUAGUCUCCCUUUUUUCUUAUCAAUACAUUUUAAGAUAAACUGAUUUAAAUAAGUUUAAUAGUAAAAAAUAAAAUCUAAAGUAAAUUUUAAUAAUGUAGGCUUAAAGGAACAGGAUAGUGUCAGGAAUACAUAUGUGUAUUGCUGACACUAUAGUGCCUGUGUGACUGUUUAGGGGAUUUUACUCACCUUUUCUCCUCCGCCAAGCUGGUCUCGCUAUGGGUGGCCCUGGCUCCAUUGCGGAGAUUAUCAAUCUUGAUAAUCUUAGCCAAUCCAAUGCUUUUCCAUAGGAUUCGGAGGCUAUUGUGCAUUUGCAGAAAAAAGCCAAUCGUCAUCCACUGAAAAAGGCAUUGAAUCAAUACAUCUCUAUGGUAUGAAUUAAGCGCCUUCAGGCAGAGUGCAGGACAGGCUAUAGAGACCAGAACUACUAUAGUUGUUUUGUUGACUGUAGUCUCUUUAAAUGUCAUCAAUACAUUACAAUAAAACCAUUUUUUUAAAUUUUUUUAUUUAUGCAAGGAACCAAUCCUGUCUGCAGGAUACUGACAAAGGCUUAAAUGUCCUACUUGUGUGUUUUGUUGUCAUAGUAACCCGGAUCAAGGGCAUGUAUGAAGACAAAUGCUUUACUAGUACAAUGUUCUAAGCAGCCCUUACAACAAGGCCAAAAAAAAAUAAAGAUUGUGCAUUGAAUGCUUAGGUUGUGUUGUGAAUAAAUAUUUUCAAAUCCCAUAUUCUGCCUUUAAGGCAGAAUGUAUAAAGUUAGAAGGAUGUGUCCAGAAGUGGCUUUAUUUUCUCAAGAACAGGAAGUAUCGAAAAUCAGCUUUAUCUGGCUGAUGUAUGCCAUAAAAAUUAGGUGGAAAUAACAUGCAUUUCUUGCUUUUAUAUAUUUUUCAUUUGGUGGAUCAUUUUUGAAAGGUUGGAAGAAAAACUGCAAUCUUUGAAUUUUUAAACUAGUAGAUUUAAAACCCGGGGAGUCAGGGAAACAAUAACCACAACCUGAUUCUCUACAUCUCUGUGCAUACAGAAAGGAAAAAUAAAGUGUAAGAACUGAUAUUUUCUGAGUUGCAUACACUGCUCUGCACAGUGAAUCACUCUAUAUACAGACUAGCAACCACGCUGCUCUGCACAGUGAAUCACUCUAUAUACAGACUGGCAGCCACGCUGCUCUGCACAGUGAAUCACUCUAUAUACAGACUGGCAGCCACGCUGCUCUGCACAGUGAAUCACUCUAUAUACAGACUGGCAGCCACGCUGCUCUGCACAGUGAAUCACUCUAUAUACAGACUGGCAGCCACGCUGCUCUGCACAGUGAAUCACUCUAUAUACAGACUGGCAGCCACGCUGCUCUGCACAGUGAAUCACUCUAUAUACAGACUGGCAGCCACGCUGCUCUGCACAGUGAAUCACUCUAUAUACAGACUGGCAGCCACGCUGCUCUGCACAGUGAAUCACUCUAUAUACAGACUGGCAGCCACGCUGCUCUGCACAGUGAAUCACUCUAUAUACAGACUGGCAGCCACGCUGCUCUGCACAGUGAAUCACUCUAUAUACAGACUGGCAGCCACGCUGCUCUGCACAGUGAAUCACUCUAUAUACAGACUGGCAGCCACGCUGCUCUGCACAGUGAAUCACUCUAUAUACAGACUGGCAACCACGCUGCUCUACACAGUGAAUCACUCUAUAUACAGACUGGCAGCCACGCUGCUCUGCACAGUGAAUCUCUCUAUAUACAGAUUGGCAGCCAUAGUGUGUGUAAAUAUAUAGAGGGAUUCACUGUGCAGCGCAAUGUGUCACUUAGUAUAUAGUGGUAUUCACUCUGCAGAGCAGUGUGUGUGUAUACACACUUUUUUCCUCCCCACAACUCUGUUGGUAUGUACUUUACAAGCAACUUCAAGCCUCCAUAGCAAGCCAGGACCAACCUCAUGCUGAUUAACAACGAAACAGCUGUCCAUGAAUGGUUCACUGGCUUUGAUCCUCUUCCUGAGUUGUGUUUCAAAGCUGUUGUAUACAGCAGACACAUACUCCAAGGACUCCAUGGAUAAAGUGGAAUUAUGAGGCACAAAUUUGGUUUUGUUAUGCUCAUUUGCAUAUGCCUACCCAGAAUCCCUUGCAGUAGUGAGAGCACUGUUAAAGUGGGCUUGACUGGUGUGUGUAUUUGUGUUUAGCAAUGCUAUAUAUCUAUAUAUAUCAUGUCUUCUGGGACACGUUAUUUGCACUACAUGAAAAUGCUGUCCUGAAUUAUGGAUAAUCUAUAUGCUGCAAGAUUCCUGAUCACCUGAUUUACUGCAUGUAGCCUUUGACUUCCCUUUUUGUGAUUUGCUUAUCAAUUUGUGUAUAAAUAAUGCUUACCAGAAACCACGGUGGACAUGGUUUCCGUAUAUAUCCCCAACAAUAUUAUAUGUUGCCGCAUUACCAUGACAUUGCUUAUACUGUGUCACCUUCACGUUGCAGCCAUGUUGCCACUUUACAUACAUACACUAGCGCGCUCUUUAAUUCAAGCACAGACACACUGACUGUGGGCAGAGUGUGGCAGUGAUUGUGUGGUUGGUAAAUUGCUUUGGAAAUAUCUGACUUGUACUAAAUCAAUAAGAACAGAAUUUCCUCUAACCAAUUAGCCUUUUAAAUGACACUCAUUGUCAUGCACCACUAUAGGCUAGGAUACUUUUGUAGGUUUUGUUUAAAACUUGUUACAGAGACUGUAAAGCAUAUCAGCAUAUAAAUCAUCAGAAUAUCCUAAUAAGAGUUUUCCUUUGUAAUAGAAUUUUAUUUUUAUAAACAAUAGUGACAUUUAUUUAAAAAAAAGUACUUACCUGACCUAGGAUGGGCCAGCACAGAUGUACUAUUGUUAUUGCAAUCAAUAAAUGUAUUGCAUUGAAAAAUGGGUUAUUCACUAGUGUUACUACAUAAUUCUAGUGCUUGAAUCCUGGUGAUUUGGUGGGCAGCAAUGUCAUCUAGGCAGUUCUUGUUGGUACAAAUUAAGCAGUUAUAAUUUUCUUUUCCUGCAGACAGGAUGAGAUGUCUGACUCAAAGGCAAAGCCUUUGAAUGAGACUGUCUCAAAGGGAUGCAUGUCUCUUUUAAUCAUUUAAAAGCUAGUCUCUUAAAAAUAAACUGUAAGUCAGUUCACUAAAACCACAAGUGAAUAAAAAGCCGAAUUUAAUAGUUUGGGCACAAAUUCGUCAAAUCUUGCAUAAUCACAACUUGGUUCGUUUACCAUUCAUUUCGCAAUUUGGUUUUCAAGUCACUACUUUGAUGUUAAAAGCAGAAAAUAUAAAUUUAAAGCCACACAAUAUGCAUACUACCACGUAGACCGCAUCAUUUUUAAUGUAGUACAAAUUUUAUGGUAAGGAGCCUCCAGAUAUUUUAAUGUUUAUUUGCUGAUUCACAACAGCAGUGUCAAAAUAAUGUUAUUUGCUGUUAUUUAGCUAUGCUGCAGGAAUCCUUAUCAAAAUAUAUUUUUUUUUCCUUUGACUGCGUUGAAAUGUUUUAAAUUCCAGUAUAAUCAAGAUGCACACGAGACAAAUCAGGUACUGAUUUAUCUGAUGUAAUUUGCAAUCUUAUCAUUUUCCAUCAGUCUUUGCUCACAAAAUGUCUGAUAGUUCAAGGCACCGUAUUGCGUGAUGGUCUACAGAUUCCUGGAAGAUCCCCGUAAUCUUGCAGAAUCCUUCAUAGACCCAUUUUUUGUGUGACAAAGAGAAAAUUGCCAGGAGCCAAAGAAUGGUGAAUCACAGGAGGGACUGUUUAGGGUCCCCCUCAACCAUCUCCGCAUUAGCAGGCAUUAACCGUGUUAAGGUGUCUGCAAAACAAUGCAAAGACCCUACAAGUGACAGCGGCUUUAAAGUAAAUAAUGCGUGAUGUGACACCAGACAGCUCAGGGUUUAAACAUGACCUGCCUGUCUGGCUUUACAAGUAAUCUAGAAAUGUGAUUGUUUAUCUAAUAAGCAUGAGUGUAAAUAUUUUAUUGUCUUUUCUUUCAUGAUUUAUACUUUUUUUUUUUUUUCUACUCAAGCUGUCAAAAUGGCAUUUUGCUUUUGUUUGGAAAGUUUCAGAUCAAAAGAAAAUAAACACUGUGCUUUUUUCUCUUGGUCACUCUAUACCUGAUUUAGUAUAUAUUUAAUUUCAAGUGUGGUUAAAUGAUCAGUGUCCAUAGCUCUCAAACAUCCAUGCUUUUUUGUAAAGUUUUAACCAAAUUUUAAAUAUUUAUAAUGUAAUUUACUAUUUUUUAGUUCUGCUUAUGACAAUGUCAACAAAGUACGAGUUGCCAUCAAGAAAAUCAGCCCAUUUGAGCAUCAAACAUACUGCCAGAGAACACUGAGGGAGAUCAAAAUCUUGUUGCGUUUUAAGCAUGAGAAUAUUAUUGGAAUCAAUGACAUUAUCCGGGCUCCAACUAUCGAGCAGAUGAAAGAUGUGUAUCCUUUUUAGUUUUUAUUAGGUUGUAGAGUUUGAAAAUGUUUAUCUGUUUUACAACUUAUAUUGCAUUGCUUGACCUAUACGAAAUACUCAUGAUCAGCAAUGGUUUUCAUGCUAAACCUUUUUUGAUAUAUUUUUAUUUUUUUUAAAGAACACAUUUAUGAUGAAAAUUUAAUUGCAAUGUACUAGUCAUUUUCAAACAAUCUAAAAAAAACAAAAAAAAAAAACAUGCAAAAUCUCCCAGUACCGCUUUAAGCACACAUCUCUAGUUUGGAGCAGAUUGUGCAUUAUUUUUCCAGGAGUUAAAAAUUUCUAGUUGGAAGCCACAAGUUUACAGCCUUGACCACAAUACAAAUUGCCUACUGAACAAGUUGAGUGGUUUAUGUGCGGAUAGCCUGCUCAAAACAAAUGGCCAGAGGAGCCCAAUGGAGAGUAUAGAUGACUUUUUCCAGUAUAGCCACUUUGGCCUAAAAUUGUAAAUUCAUUUUGCAUUAUCCUUGAAUCCUAACUUGAGUGACUGUGUAAGUGCAAUACAUGACAAUAUUUUUUGUUUUUAAUAUGAAUAUUCGUUACAAAAGUUAAACUCUAAAAAAGUAUAUGUAGAGCUGCAUGAUAUCAAAAUGUUACCAAUUUGUUUUGUUUGCAAUCAAACAACAAUUCCAAACAAGAACAAUACUUGGGCAUAUGCAACUAAGUAUUUUUAAUGAAUAUUGUAGUUCGCAUAGGAUACCUAGCCAAUACCAUGGCCUUAAUGAAACCACUUAAAUAUGUAAACAAAUAGGCCAUUCAUAGCACCCAGCUGUUAGUAACAAGGCGCAGUGGUUAUAGGGUUUGGAGAGUUCCUUUAUUUUGUAUAGCUUUAUUUUAUUCAUUUUUUUUUUUUUGUGUGGCUAUAAUAUAAGAAGCAUAAGUUGAAAAAGUGUGACCAAUAAAUAACAAACAGCUCUUCAAAAUGCACUUGUAUUGUAACAGAGCUCCUUGUACUCUGACUGAGUACCCUCUGUUGACGGAUGCUCCUAGCGCUUCCUGAGGACUCCAAGUGCUGCAGCAGACACCACAACCACCGCAGACUCCGCAACCGCCGUAUCUUGACUGGAGUCUCGCCGUCUUCCUUCCACCCUGGAUCAGCUUCUGUCCUCCAGGACUGUGUGGGAAAGAACUCUUCCUUCCACCCUGUAUGAACCUCCAGCAUCCAGGACUGUGUGGUGAAGACCCCUCCUCCAAGGAGAGCGUGUCAGGAACAAGCUCUUAAAAGAGCUAAGUGACUCAAGCUCAGGGGAGCAUGCAGAGCAUAGCAAUCCCCAGUGUGAUUAUAACAGCUCCCUCCAAUAACGAGACAAGGCUACAUUUAGAGGGAUCAAGAAGAACUGUCAAAACCUUUAUUCCCUUGGGACCAGCCAAUAGGUCACCACAAUAACAUUGUUGUGAAAACUCAAUAAAAUCACAAACAGUCAAACCAAAUCAAGCAACACACAGUGACUUAUCACAACACAAUGGCACAUUUUUAAAGGGGUAGGGGGAGACAAUAUUUAACAGUAAAUAUCUCACCUGCCUGCAGAAUUAGCAAUAUGCAAAUCUACCCGAAUAUGCAAAUGACCAUGUCUUGCAAUUCAGGUAGUGCAUAUUGCUGUUGCUACCAACAGAGGGCACUAGACAAGCUCCAUAGCCAAACCCACCUAGUUGGUAGCAAACCUCAGCAAUACAAGAGAGCAGGCAAUACAUUACACAGUACACACACACACACACACACUAUAAACAGACAAUUACAUUACACACACCCUGCACCUAUAAUGGGUACAGGGUGACUAAAACAUAAGAUAAAUAAAGCAGCCUACAUAAAUAGUCUGUCUGAAGGUAGACUAGGAGCUUUAAAGCCAGAUACAUAAGAGUCAUAGUCACAGGGGAGGAGGCUGGCAAGUAGGCCUCUCCAGGACCAAGUGGCGAAGGGCACUUCGUCACAUGUAUAUUUUCAAUUAUUGGUAUUAUUCUGAUUGUCAUUUGACACAAACUUUAACUGUUGAUGCCAGUAUGCCCAGAUGUGAAUAAAUAAGAUGGGUUCUCCAUAUAAAGGAAAUAUAUAUAAAUGUAUUUCAGACAAACUGUAGUCUCACAGAAAUUGAAGUCUUUAUCUACAAUGAGUAGAACACAUUUUAAGAUGCACCACUCAUCGUUCCAGUUCAUCUCACAUUGAAUUAGGGCCGUUUGCAACAUUUUGUUAUAGGGCAUGCACUGGAAAAUGAAUCUGUGUAUCCCAUCGGGGAAACAGAUUUGCCAUAUUAUUACAAGUAAAUAUUUCAACGAGAUGAAGUGACUAAAACAAAUAAGUUUGUCAAAUUGCAUGGGCACCAGGCAGGCAUUCAACCUGGCUGGAAAUAAGGAGAUUGAUGUAAGUAUUCAAAAUAAAAAUUGAAUAAACACAAUUUGAUAAAGAUUUCUGUAGAAAUUAGCAGGUUCACACACAAAAUGUAGGGAUGAUGUUUUGCAACCUUAACUAAAAAUCUUUCAGGUACAUUGUUCAGGAUCUCAUGGAGACAGAUCUUUACAAGCUUCUGAAGACACAGCACCUUAGCAACGACCACAUCUGUUAUUUUCUCUACCAGAUCCUGAGAGGACUGAAGUACAUCCAUUCAGCCAAUGUUCUGCAUCGUGACUUGAAACCUUCAAACUUACUGCUUAACACUACCUGUGAUCUCAAGGUAUGAAGGCAGGCAGUUUCAAAUUGUUUUCAGUGUUGAUGCUUUUUCAGAAAGUAAGAAGUCCGGUUUUCCAUACUUCUUGGUAAAAAGUUUUAGAAUAACAAAAAUGGAAAGGCUAUGUCAAUCUUUACUAUGAAAGCUUUGCUUUGGGGCUUAAACUGUUAGAAAUCAGUUUAGAUGAGCGCAUAGAUGAGAUUGUGUAAAGCAGGAAGCAAGGUACUAGCUGAAUUUCCUAUUUAACAAUGUGUAGGCAAAUUCUGUAAAUUUACGGGAACAGGCUUUGUACAGCGUCGACAAGUAUACACAGCCAUUAAGUAAAGCAUUGUUGAUUAAUAAAUUUGCUUGCUAAAGAGUGGUCAUUUAUGUAGCAGGGGUAUAAUACGAUGUAAAAAUAGCUUGAGAUGAAACAGGUGAAAUUUACACCCGUUUAUUACUAAAGAUAUAUUUCCCUGGUGGCCACUUAGGUUCCCAGCCCACACCUGUAGGGAGAAAAUUAAAGUAGUUUUACUUAACGCACUGCUGUCCUGUCAUCAAGAUCUGUGUUCUCAGCAAAUCUAACGCUUUCCAUUGGAACACAUUGGGAGGCUAGUGCACAUGUGCAGCAGAAUGCCACUCUGCGCUGAUCAUAUCUUAAUCUUGAGACACAGUUUUCUGGGUACCUGUAGUGUCCCUUUGACAAUAGAUGCACUUCUAGUUACUAUGGUACAUACGCGGCAUCAAAGUAGCGAUUUGGAACGGCUGCUCAGUUCAUACCAGAAAUCAUCGGUCACGGACAGCAGAUUUAAACUCUUGUUUUAUAUCUACAGAAAUGCGUACUUGUACGGUUGCUGUAAUAAGGCCACCUCCACAAAGUGAUUAUUUUUCUUCUCAAAAAUAUUAUUCCCCCCAAAACCAUUUUUUACUUUAGAUGUAAGCAAUAGGCAGACUUUCAUGUUGCAACAUUUAAAGGUUACACCUCUGUGAGCCUCACACCAGCCCAACUGAUUUAUUGGUUUUAUUCAUCUCUGUCCAAGAAUAUUGGAACACAUGAAUAUGCUUCAUAUCUUAAUGGUUUUGAUGCACUGUAUUUUCUCCACAGGUAGUUUUGAGCCAGAGUCCCGGGAAUUUGAUUCUGUGAGGAAUGCAGUGUUUGUUCUGAUUUUUUUAUUUUUUUUUUAAAUCAUAUAAACAUCUAAAACAUCCAACUGAUAUGCUUUCCAGCUUUGUAUUUUAAUACACAUAUCGAUUUGUAUGUUUACUUCUUUUGAAACCUUCACGCUGUUUCUUUGUUUGUAAACAGAUUUGUGAUUUUGGGCUAGCCCGUGUUGCUGACCCAGAUCAUGAUCACACUGGUUUUCUGACAGAGUAUGUUGCCACUCGCUGGUACAGAGCUCCUGAGAUCAUGUUGAAUUCCAAGGUAAUGACACUUCCACAUCUCGCUGAUCUGUAGAAAGGAUAGCUUAUGCUUUUUACAUAUAUGAAACUUGGAUAUAUAUACAGGACCAGUGUUACUGCACAUUAUGACUAUCUAGAGCAGUGGUCCCCAAACCAGUCCUCAUUGACCACCAAUUGUCCAGGAUUGAUGUAUAUAUUUUUUUUUUUAUUCAAAUGGAGAAGUGGACAAAACCUGGACUGUUGAUUGUCUGUGGGGACCACUGAUCUAGAGCAUAGGUUGCUGUUAAAAAAAAAAAUUAAGGAUGUUUGUUUUUCUUUUUCAAAGACAAUUUAAGAAUAUUCAUUGUACAGAGAUUUGCUAAAGUGCUCAUAUUUCUUCUCUACAUAAAUGUAUGCAUCAUGUAAAUACCCCACACUCAGUGUAAAUAAACACACUUCAUCCCACUCAGUAUUUCGCCAUUAUGAAAGGGACAUCAGCUGAGCAGCUUGGCUGACAUACGGCAGGGUCUCUGCUGUCUAAUAACCGAUAGAGUAAAGCGGAAGCUUGACGGUUAGGAGCAAGACUGUUGGUAUGCUGCGUUUUAAAUGCAGUGGAGGACUUUGCCAAAUGAGCUUAUGAGAAUGUUAACAGUACCCCUUGUGAGGAAUAAUAUCCUGCUGCAGUAAGAACAGUUGCUGGAGAUUGUACAUUGGCAGAGACCAGUAUUCAUUUGCCUGGUAGCAUACUCUUCUCCGUAAACGUGGGUACGCAUGAAUAAAAUAAAUUGAUCGUUACCAGAAAAGUACCUUCCAGUCAUUGUGCUCCAUUUCAUCCUCACUCAGGGAGCAGCAUUGCAGUAAUGUAAAAGAGCACACAUUUUAGCCUAGAUUUACCAUCAAGGGGUUUGCUAGAACAUUGUUUACUUUUGAAGUGCAAAGAGUUAAAGCUUGUAUGAAUUUUUCUAAAAUCAAUCCAAAAUUACUCACGGUACCUGUAAAACUAUGCGCAUGUCUUAAACAAAUUAUUUCACUCUGUUUUUGUAUGUCUGUGUAUGUAUAUAAUAUUCGUUAACCAAAAAAAGUGAAAAAGUGGGGAAAUGUGCAGCAGUUGCAUCCUUGAUAGGAUUAUUGAAGCUAAAUGCAAACUGUAUUCCUCCACGUUUGCAUGAGGUCUGUGUCAGCAUCUUAAUCUGAUGUAAUCAGCAGACACAUGUAAAAGUUUUUAUUACAGAUUACAUUUGAGGACCUGCGUGGAGUCCUUAGCAUCAAUAGUCUAGCACUGAAUGCUGUACUAGUUAGUGUUUAUUGUAAAUGUAGCCUGUUAAAUCCGUGUAGACUAAAAUUAGAUGACAUAUAAAUAAUAGCCUACAAAAAGGUUGAGUUUUUAUUUUAUUUUAAUUUUAUUUUUUAUACUAGUGAAGGUGCCAUGGAUGUGCCAGGGUUGCAGGUCGCUAUAACGUAUAUUGGCAAAACAGUCAAUGACUUGUAUUCUGAACAUUAGACUGACUAUUUAGGCAAACUAGAAACAUUGUUAUAUUCAUUGGAUCUAACUUUUUUUUUUUUUUUUUUUUUUUGCUGAAUGCUUGUUCUAUCCAUUUCCUCUGCAGUGUAUGUUUUCUGCUAAUAUAUUCCUGUUUUCAGGGUUACACCAAGUCAAUUGAUAUUUGGUCUGUUGGCUGCAUUCUGGCUGAGAUGCUUUCCAACCGACCCAUAUUCCCUGGGAAACAUUAUCUUGAUCAGCUCAAUCAUAUUCUUGGUAAGCCCAACAAAGGGAAAAGAUUAUAGAAAUGUAUAUUGUUGGAGGACGACACAUCUUUUUAUUUAUCUACUCUUUUAGGCAUUCUUGGAUCUCCCUCACAAGAGGACCUCAAUUGUAUAAUCAAUUUGAAAGCUAGAAACUAUUUGCUUUCUCUACCGCACAAAAAUAAGGUGCCAUGGAAUAGACUGUUUCCUAAUGCAGAUCCCAAAGGUAAUAUCGCUUUUGUCACACUUUAAAAAUGAGUACUUCCCACAUAAAUUCCUAUUAUUGUUUCCAGAUGAAAUAGUGCUAUGGAAAUAGUUGAUAGUUUAGUAACCAUGACCGUGUGUUUAUAGUUUGUGCCUUUUUGAUACUGCAGCCAUGUAGUUCUUCAAAGAAUGACACCUCAAACAUGUCACUAUGUUCAAAACACUGUGAAAUUGAAGUGGCCCAGGACAGGAGCGUGGGCUUUGAGGCAGGUUUUAAUAGUGUGAGUAAAUGUUGUAAAGUUACAUGUGGGAGAUUUGAGCUACUGGUUGUUAAAAUUAUAUUUCUUUGCAUUCAUGUAUUGAGAUAGAAACUUUGACUUGAUUAAAACCAAAUCUGACUAGAUAAUAAGAAAUCCAAGUAAACUUGGUUUGCUCAGAUGUUAAUAUAGUAGUCACUCAAAGUAUUUCACCUCUAGUACUUGGGCAAAGAAUAGCUAUAAAAUGGCAGUUGCUUUGCUACACGUGAGGCUUCAUUGUUGCAGAGUUAAUAACAUAAUGGGGAGCUAAUGGAAUUUACUUUUUGGCUCAGCUUCUCCUAAGAGAAAAUAUUCUGAGAUCCAUGGAAAAGGUAUUUUUUUAUAAUUAUCGUGGCAUCCUGGUUACAUACAUGUGAGACAGUUUUAAUGCGGUCUAGUGGAAUCUUCUGAGGUAUAAAUUGUUGCACUGGAAGCUUUUGCACAAAAUUCAACACUAGUGCACCUGACAGUAUUGUUCAUGGCAGUAUGUCAAAAUCUCUGACUUCUUGAGUUGAAUGCAGAACCUGAAAAUGAAGCAAGUUCUGCAGAUUUUUUUUUUUUAUAUGCAUUUAAGUUGACCAGGUGCCUGGGGUUUCAUCCGUUUUUUGUUUUGUUUUUGUUUUUGAAACCGUUAAUAAAAAGGAAGUCUCUUGUUUUGUCAAGUAGAGAUUCAACCCUACUGUGCCUUGAACUUUCCAGCCAUGAAUGUAUAUUUUGUUUUGUGUUGCUAAUAAUGUACAUGACCUUAUCUUACAUUUAAAUGUAACAUGGAUAAAAUAUAAUCGUACCAAAGAUGUGCUGUCACUUGUUUGGGAACCACUAGAGUUAGGUAUGCCACGUUGCCUUAUAUUCCUUGCAUGAAAUUUCAAAGCAGUGUUGAAAUGUCCAGACAGUGGCCAUACCAAAAUACCAUAGGAUAUUGAAUGAGGCUUGCAACAUGUAAGCAGCACUUUGUUGUUUUCUUUUCUAGCCUUGGAUUUGUUGGAUAAAAUGUUGACCUUCAAUCCCCACAAAAGAAUUGAAGUAGAAGCUGCUUUGGCUCACCCUUAUCUGGAGCAGUAUUAUGACCCAAGUGAUGAGGUAACUUCAUUAUAUUCAAGUUGGAUUUCUGUUUAUGCAGGAAUCAACUAUUUUCUCUUAAACGGCAAAUGAGAAUUUUAGAUCAUAAAUACACCAUUGUACACAAUAUCAUAAAGUUUUCUGCCAUUUUAUGCAUUCAUCCUACCUAAGUAAAGCACACACAGAAAAAGAAAGGCGCAACACCAAGCUGGAGGGAAUGCCCACAACCGUAGUGAAAAUAAACUCCAUAAAACUAUCAUCAUUCUGAUAAGGACCAUCAAGCCGAAGGCCUCAGGUCUUUGGUAGGCCCGGAUUGGGUCAUCCAUCAAAUGUGCUUCUCUUCUAUGAAGAACCAAGCGCCAAGGCCAGGAAAUCAAUGUUUUUUUAUUUUGUAAACUUUUUUUUCAAAUCCGGUCCUUCCAUUUUCAUAUAUUCCUUCCCAUUUCAAAUAUUCCAUCGGUUUUCCCUUUCACUAUCCAGGCAAAGAAAUUAUUUUAUUUUUUUCUCCCUUUGCCUCGUCUAUAGAUUUUGUUUAUUACCCCAGUAUUUUAUUUCAUUCUUCACCAAGCCCACCUUACUGAUCUCUAAAUCCCACGAUCCUCACACUCCUGAUUUGGAGAAUGCUGCAGAGCUCCAUGACAUGACACCUUAUCACUAAAAUUUACACCAACUGGUUUCGGUCUUCUCCUUCACCUGGAAGAUGUUGAAUGGGUCAUUUUCUGUAGGCCACAUUUCCUUUUCAACAUAAACUAGUUGCUGAAUUAACAGGGUGUGGAUGGUUUUGCUGGAAUUCAGAUAUUUACAAACUGUUAAAGCUCACUCGUGUGAAUUUAGGUAGGACUUAACAUUAUCUGUAAAAAGGUCAAAUUGGCAAAGGUAUUGCAUAAUUAUUUUGUAACUACAAUUUCAUAUUUUUUUUUUUUUUUAAUAGGCUUUAGAAAUAAAACACAAACAUGUCACAGUCCUCUUAUCCGACUCGCCCUUUCCCUCCUUCUCUCCCUCCCCUUCCCCCUCCCAACACCAGGUCAAGUCUCUCCAAACACUUUGCUAGUUUAAAUUUAAAGGCAUACUUAAAGUGAGCAUCUUGCAUUGCAAUUACUAUUGACUUGAGGAAAUACUAUCUUUGAUUAUUUUAUUCAUUCAAUGUGUAAUUGCACCUUGACCAUUGGAAAUUUGAGCAGGGACCUGGUCAUCUUGGUUUCUGUUCACAUUGUGUUUCUGCCUUGCAUCCCUGCUGUAAAGCACAAUAGAAUAUGUUUGCCUUAAUUUGUAUUUUUUUUUCAUUAAAUUUUUUCUUUUUUCUUUUUUUUUUAACCUAGCAGGGUCAGGAACACAAACAUAUAUUUCUGACCCUAUAGUGUUAAAACCACCAUCUAUUCUCCCCGACCCCCCCCCUCGCCUCGCUAAAUAUAGUAAAAUCUUACUUGUAUUCAAGCCUUCAGCUGCUGGUUUUGUCCCUGUUUGCCUCAGGACAGCAAGCUGUCUGCUGACAUAAUCAGAAGUUUUCUGAGCCAAUCACAAUGCUUCUUCAUAGGAUUGGCUUAGACUGGGAAGGGGGCAGAGCCAACACAAGUCAAACACAGCCCUGACCAAUCAGCAUCUCCUCAUAGAGAUGAAUUAAAUCAAUGACUCUCUGAGGAAAGUUCAGUGUCUGCAUGCAGAGGGAGGAGAUAUUGAAUGUUGUGAUUCAAACUAGGCAAGACUGAGAUAGGAAGCAGCUCUAGCAGCCAUCUGAGGAGUCGCCAGUGAUGUUAUCACUAGGCUGUAAUGUAAACACUGCAUUUUCUCUGAAGACAGUGUUUACAGCAAAAAGCCUGAAGUGAAUAAUUCUACUCACCAGAACAAAUGCAAUAAACGCUGUAGUUCUGGUGACUAUACUGUCCCUUUAAAAUGUCUUGCAAUUAAAAAUGUGGAUUUAAGGGAGAUGUGGAAAAUUUAGUUUAUUUAAAGGGAUACAAUAGGCAGUAUAACCAUUUCAUCUCUUUGAACUGGUUAUAGUGCCUGAAACCUCUUGUCGCUGUCCCUUUUUCUGAGCAUUUUGACAUUAAAAUGAUGCUGGCGUCCCAUAACCCAUCCCCCACUUGUGCUACCUUUUAGUCAUACCAAUUCAUACAGUAGUGUGAAAAAAGCAGUCAGUGGACUCUCACCACAGCCCAUUGCUACUCAGGCUAAUGCUUCCUCGUUAGUCUGAGCGGCACAGACGUGAAGGACUGCUGGGGAUUCUCAUUUACUGUAAAAGAAAAAAAAAAGAAAAGAAAAAAAAAAAAAUAUAUAUAUAUAUAUAUAUAUAUAAUUGCGUAACAAUUAAUGGCGCGACUGUGCUAAGGGUUCUAGAUAUUGUAGCCACUUUAAUGUGAUUAAAGUGUUAGUGCUGAUAGUGUCACUUUAAAUUUACCUGAAUGCACAGGCUUUUUGUUCACAUUUGCCAGAGGUAUAAAGGCGUAUUCACUAAACCUGUUGCUGUGGUGCCUUAAUGACCACACCAAACACCUAAAGCCCUUGCUGAAAUACUUUGUGUCCUCUUUGUAAAAUGAAAAAGAAAUAAAGCUCAAGUUACUAUAGAAAUUGGCACUUUUGUAAAUUAACAUUGAUACAACCCCCUAGCUCUUAGACAACCCGUCCUUUUACUUGGUUGGUUCAGUGAAACUAAACUUUAACGGCAUUUUGUGGGUGAAGGGUAGGAACAAGGAAGGUCUUAGAUUCUAAGGCAAGAGAAAGGGGGUAACUCUAGAUAGAGAAUAACAAAUAGAGAAGUGCUUGCCUACCAGUAUCAUUUAAGCUAAAACAUAACGUUUAAUAUAUUGAAUAAAAAUAUUGCUGUUAGUGAAUCAAAAGGCAAACCAAAAGAAAAUUUGAUUAAUAAAAAUAUCAAUAAUAUAAAGCAAAAGGUGUAUAAAGAGAAAACUAUACCAGAGUAUCAAAAAACAUAAGAUGAUGGGUGUUUAUAAAAAGAAAAAAUGUAUGUAAGAUUAAUAAUCCAUUGGUAUAUUGCUGGAAUUGCAGAUUGAGCCCAGGUAUAAAAAUCUGUAGUGUUUAACCCCUUAAGGACCAAACUUCUGGAAUAAAAGGGAAUCAUGACAUGUCACACGUCAUGUGUCCUUAAGGGGUUAAGAGAUGCCAGUAAAGCGAAAACUGGGGUUGAGUUAAGUAGAUAUAACAAUGUUAUCAGUCUGUAAGAUACAGUUGUUGCAAUUUUCCUUGAAUGGAACAGUUUGAAUCACUAUUCUAAGGUUCUUAACUCUAACAGAAAGAACUCAGCCAAGGUUGUUACUAGUACCAGAAGAAAAAAAAAGUAAAAUCACGGUACAUAACUUAAUUCCCUAAAUGGUGCUGUAAACUUCUAAGCUGUGCCUUAGAGGGCACCUAUUCUAUGUCAAAAAGCUAUCUACUAAUCUGAAGUAUGCACUAUUAGGAAGGAAUAAGUUAUGAAUGUGCCCUGCCUAUACAACUCUGGUAAAACAUCAUGUCCAAGGUCUAAAUUCUAAACAGAAAAUCUUUAAGUAGUAAUUGCCAAAGAUUAGUGCAGAACCCCAACGCGCGUUUAGCUGGUCAGGCGCCUUUUAUUUAAAUGUUUUUUGAUAAUCUGGUAUAGUUUUUUCUUUAUACCUUUUUGCUUUAUAUUAUUGAUAUUUUUAUUAAAUUUUCUUUUGGUUUACCUUUUGAUUCACUAAUAGCAAUAUUUUUAUUCAAUAUAUUAAAUGUUAUGUUUUAGCUAAAAUGAUACUAGUAGGCAAACGCUUCUCUAUUUGUGAAACUUUAACCCCUUUAGGACCAGACUUCUGGAAUAAAAGGGAAUCAUGACAUGUCUCACAUUGGGUUAAAGGCAGACAAUUGCCCAGAGUACCUGCCUUGGAAAGACUUCUCAUUGAGCUGCAUUGGGAAGUCUGUGAUUGGACAGUGUCAAAAUUUUGGUGGGGUUAUAAUUGGAGGGCUUGCAAAAGUUUCUAACAAGAAAACUGCAGCUUUUGCAAGCUGUUUUUAGAUAUUCAGCCAAUAAAAAAAAAUUUAAAAAAAUUAAAUGCAUGCUUGUUUUCAUUUGGGGUAGAUGCAUUAAACAUGUUUUGUUUGUAAUAGUUUUAUUGUAUUUGGUGGAGUGAGGUCUCCAUUUACAUGUUAUAAACUACUCACAUGUGCCAGUGAGAGAACUUUUCAUUUUAGUUAAGUGCUUGGCUUUUACAGAUGGGCAACAUCUUGGUUCAAUUUCUUAAAAAGGAAAAAAAUGUCAAGUGUAUAAGAUAUCUAAAGCAACAUAGGCAAAGUUGACAAAUUCAUGUUGCUCACACACUGCAUCCUCUGAUAACUUUUAUUUUUUUGUUUAUUUUUUUAAUUGGGUGGGAGCUCAUGUGGAUAUUUGUAGCAUGUAGACCUCCACAAACAUUGUUUUCAUUUACCAAUAACUAUGUAGUAUAAGUUGAUUGAUUUUGUUUAUUUUUUUUUUCCCCCACUGAAACUUUUUAGAAGUUCCAAGUUUAACUGCUCACGUUUGAUUGUGGUUGAGCAACUCCAUAAUCGUGAAACUAAUACUGAAUGUAGCAUUUUGUAGGAUUUUAAUGUCACACUCGUGUCCAGAAACAAAUGCAAUGUAUAUAUUUUAUUUAUUUUUUUAAAAGAUCAUGUAUAAGUGAACAUGUCAUGCUAAAUAUAUACCCUGUGUUCUCUUUAAUAGCCUGUAGCUGAAGCACCAUUUAAAUUUGAAAUGGAGUUGGAUGAUUUGCCCAAGGAGACGCUGAAAGAGCUUAUUUUUGAAGAAACUGCUAGAUUCCAGCCAGGAUACUGACCAUAAUCUGAGCACAGGUAUUGCAGUACCUAGGGAUGUCGAAUUUAUAUUCUGCGACCCUGGACAAGCAGUUCUGCGCACUGUGCAGAAAGUUGUUUUGUUUUUUAAAUUCUUUUAGACUUGCUACGGGGGAAUUGGUGCUGGGCAGGGAGUGUAUUUCUGGCAGGUACAGAGCUGGGCUGACCAACCCAGAAACGCCAUACCGGGAUGCUGCUGCUCAUGGAUAGCUCACAGGGUGGUGUGAUGAGCGGCAGCAGCCAACUACUUAUGAUGCACAAGAUUUAUGGAUGCUGGGAUUCAGAGUGCUGUCAUAUCCCAGAGGCUGACAUGCUGUUAAUGGGUAGAUAAAAUAUGGGCCAGGCUGCACAUCCAUUACUUAACAUCCAGGCAGCUGCUAUGUGUGAGACUGUGUAAUUUGUGUGUGUAUAUCUGUGAGUGCAUGUGUGUUGGGGGAUUUGUCAGUAUGUUUGUGUAUUGGUGUACCACCCUAACAACUAAAUACAGCCAGCGCACACAUCAUACAUACAGCCAGCGCACACACACUACACUUGUACCAGUCAGUCGGUUCUCAUUGCAUUCAGAUCACACAGCGAGCACACCACACACACACACACACACACACUAAUGAAAAGGGGGAGAGACUAUGGGAGGACAGAGGAUGACACUUAGGGUAAUUCACAAGACUCCCAAGUUUUUUCAAAAUCCAAGUGGCAAAACUGAAGCAAAAAUAUCCAUGUUGUGUCUAAAGCAGAGUUAGAGAAUUUCUCCAUAGCAGCUAUAGUUUCCUCCAUUUUUCCUUUCAGAUUUAUUUUGUGAAAAUUCAGUCAUUCUAAUUGGAUAGAAAAGUAAUUUGGGCUACUACUUCAGUCCAUUAUACAAGUAGAUUUUGUUUAAAAAAAAAAAAAAUUAAAAAAAAAAAAUCACACCCUGAGAUACCCCUAAUUAUCCAGAAUCAGGUUGGUGGUGUUUGUUUAUGCUUUGUUGCACAUCUAUAUAUUUGUGUAAAGCCAUUCUGAUGCUCAUGCCUUUUUCCCUCAUUUCUUUUACCUUAAAUGUUUAUACACCCCACUUUUUUUAAAUUCAAUUUAAAAAAAAAAAAAGUGGUCAAACAGCAAACUACUGUGAUCAGCCUACCAUUACCAUAUAAAUAAUUUUCUGAUGGCAUACAACAAAAUAUUGCAGCCUCUUCACUUUACUUUGCUGUUUAUGUAUCAUUUAUUUCUGUAUGAAAUGUUUUUUUUUCCUGCAUGAUUCUGUUUUAUAAUCCACAACUUCUAAAUUCUUAGUUUUCAGAUUUUCCCGGGAGUCUUUGUGAAGUUAAAGUAAAAUGCAUGUUGCAUGUUUCUCGCCAACUUUUUAGCUCUGUUAGUUGGCAUGACUAGGGAGAGCUAGAAGUGUGAAAUUCAGUGACAGUAUGAAUGUGUGGGCAGAUUCCUCAUGCCCUUUUUUGGCACAUUUACUUGGCCCUUCUUUAUGCAUAUAUAGCUGAGAAAACUGGGCUUGUAUAGUUUGGCUAGAGGGAAAACACGAAGGGAAAUUAUGUUAAUUAUGACAAUAACAUAACUUUAGAAAGUAGUUUUUACAGUAAAAUGUACUAAGUUUUCUGUAGAAAUAGAUUAAUUGGGUUUCCAAAUCUGUUUAAAAAGCACUUUGCAGAUAUGUUCUAUAAGGAAGGACUGUAUGUAAAUGUGCUAGUUCAGGCUUUAAACACAAAUGUUUUAAACUUUUUGAAAGGAGUUUCAAAUGAACAAGCAUUGUUUUGAUUGUGGGGGUUUUGUUUUUGUUGAAGGUAAAGGCUGUGAAGGACUUCGCACUCUCAGACAUCUGUGUUCUUGCCAGUUCUUCCUCGUUGGCCAUGUCCUGUGACCCAUCUCAGCUUGUCCAGUUUAACUCCUUUGAGCCAUUAAGGAGAGGCGGUUCCUGGUAGUUGUGGCUUUUUUAUGCUUCUGAUGAAUUCUUUUGGUCUGGAGAAUUGUUCUUGACACUCCUUUCGUAAAGCCCUGUUGCAGCGUUGUGCAGCAAGUACACACCUGAUGAGACCUUCAUUAACCGCUUGUACAUUUAUAAUAUACUUUUUUUUUCUUUUUUUAAGAUGCAGUUGUUUCUUUCCCUUUAUCUGGACAAAGUGUCCUGACUUUCAUGGGCUUUACAUAUUGUGUUUUAAACCACAUGUUUCUGAUGAGUGUGGUAACUGGCAUUGUAAUUUUUUUUUUUUUUUUUCUUUUUUUUUUUUAAACUUAUUAUUUGGGAGAGUAAUUUCUCUGGGCACUUUAAAUCAAUGAAAAAGCCCUAUUUACUUGCACAUAUCUUUUUAAACAGUUGCAGUGGGAUACUUUUGAAAUUCUGAUGGAGAUCAUGAAAUUACGGUUACCGAUUUUCUCUAACACUUAGCAGAGCUUUUCAAGCCAUGUCUAACAACCUGUGUGGUUAAGGGACCCUGUAGGAUAAGUUAUAUUCCCCCUGUAGACAAGAGUGUAUGCAAAAGUCAAACUAUCGAUGAAAGAUUUAGCAUUUACACUGAAAUCUCUUGGGGGCGUUCAUCUGUGCUAUACACCAACCUAUUGGUCUGAGUGUUCCAUGCAUGGAAACUGAAAUUUUAUAGGGCAGAGGAAUAUACAGCAGGUGAAACCAAAACGUUUUAACUAACUUUGGGCAUAAUAAUGAGACUGAAUAUUUUCACUUAUGGGCUACCAUGAAGCUUAUUUUUAGAACUAUAUCAUGUUCUUUUCAAUCAGUGGAACAUCCAUAUUAUACACAAACACAUGGAAAUAGAGCGACACUGUUGUGUAUUUCUCUGGACUGUAGGGAAAGUUUUAGAUUAUAUUUCACAUGCUUCAUUUUUUUUAAGAAUCUAUUUCUUUGAAACCCACAGUGCUGUAAAGUUUUUUUUUGAGCUUUCAAAAUCCCAUUCCUCAUGUUAGAGCAAGCAUCCAAGCUAGCACUAAACACUUAUUUUACCCUGUAAACCUUUCUUUACAAAGUAUUUGUUCCUGGAGUUGUAUAAUGUGGAGCUUAUUAGAUGUCAUGUCCCUGUGGAGUGCCUCUCUACCUUUUCCUCAUUGCCCUCUUUGGUGGAAGAUAUGCCUUGUUUAAAAUUGCCGUGCCCUCGCAUGACUGUUAAGCUUUUCUGUGCAAUGAUAAUUGUCUUAAGUGCCACAUGCCUAUGAUUGAUGAUACAAGAAGAUUUGUUACCUCUAAAUUGUUCAUAUGAAAUGUUAUCCCAUAAUCUGUGAGGAUGAAACAGCUCUAUUUUAAACUUUUCUUUUUUUCCUUUCUCCAUGAACCAACCCCAUGUCUGCUUUCCUUUUAUUGUGGCAGAACUAUGUCUAAACUGCCUAGGAACAUGAACAAAAAAAAUAAUGCACUUGUAAUUGAUAAAAAAUAAAUUGAAAAAUUCUCUUCAUUAACUUAAUAUAUUUUUAUUUUUUGACGCAGCAUAGAUGGACACUUGUGUGACUAAUUUCUUACUAUAACGAGCUUAACAUAGGUAACCUUGUGAGUAGGUUUACCACAUGAUCAUGUACACUGAACAAGUUACCAUACUAACUACUUUUUAGUGUCCUUAAUAUUUGUAUCUACUAAAGAGCUGUCCACUGUGGCUUUUUGCAUACUUGCAUGUCAAAAGUUUUUCUUUCUGUAAUGUGCUGGUCUGCUUUAUUAUUGACUGGUUGAACACAACCCAAUGCAUGAGAGCUGCUGUUCAGCUUGGGUAUCUGCAAACUAGGUAUGUAAAGCCAGCAUUCUUUUCCUUUUAUUAAGACUUUAAUCUUUUGAGGAAAUACAAACUGUGCUAUAAUGCCAAGGGAUGUAUAAAUUCCACUUUUCAAUCCCAAUAUUAAGUAUACCCAGCCACUACAUAGUGCUGACCUCAUUACCCAUAGUGUUUUCUUCUUUUCAGCUUAUAAUGUACUUCUGAAAAGUUCAGACUGCUCAAUCCAUAAAUCUAUAGAUUCCCAUAAUUUCAAACUACGUAUAAUUCCAGAGAAUGAACAAAAAAAUGCAGGCUUGUUGCUUUUCUCCAAGCCUAAUGCUAUUUAAUUGUUUCAUUCAUUUUUUUCGCAACUUUAUUACAAAAACUAUUUAAAAUCCUUUCUAUAACCGUGCGUUUGGUAUUUGCCAUUUUUAUAAUUGUUCACAAUAGGAUCCAUUGCUGUCUCUGACUCCUUUUGGCUGGAUGGUUAUGCAUUACAACUGAUUUAAUGGAGAACAGCCUGAAUAUUAGGUACUUAGAGAAACUAUUUAACUUUAGGACCCUGGUGAUAACAUUGGGCCCAUCUGCAGUUCCAUAAACUUGGAUAAUUGGGGGUUGAGGGGUUUCUUUUUUUUUUUUUUUUUUCAAAUUUAGUUUUUAUUGAUUUUUGCAAGGUAAAAGGGAUACAGAAAGGAAGAGGGGGUAACAUUGUUUUGCAUGUUUCACAUUAUUAGCAGGAUACAUCUGACAAACGUGAGAAACAUCUUUUUGAUAGUGGGCACAAUGUAUCAUAUAGAAGAGGGGUUUCUUUUUAAAUAUUCAAAUUAUUUCACCUAGCAUACCUUAAAUGGCAAAAUAAAACAAAAUGAACAUCUAUGCACUAACAUAUUCCAUUCUUUUCCUCUGAAUUCUCUUAAUCAUCUUGAUCACAUUGUCACAUGACUAUCAGGGAAAGCAGAAGCCAUAUUUAAACUCUGAAAUAAAUUUUCUUUCAUUUCUUGAACAAUGUCAUCGGAAAAUUCUUGAUUUGUAGUUCACAAGGUUAGGAUUUUACUGGUUUAAUUACAAACCCACUAUCAAGCAGAAGCAGGGUUUAUUUCUCCAGUUUACGUAUUGCAUGCUCAAUGGCCUGUGAUGGCAGCCAUCACUAUAGAACUGGACUUUUCUUAUCUGAGAGAAUUCUAACAUAAGUCUGGUAGUCAAGAAGCGAAGUUUCAUUUUGACAGUAGGAUACAUGCGAUACAUAGACUUUCUCUUUUCUGUUUAAAUUGGAGCAGGGAAAAUGCAUCUUUCAUUCCAAUCAAAGUAUUGCAGCAUUCAUGUAAUAAGUUUUCCAGGAGCAUUUAAACAGCAAAAAAUGCCUUUUUAAAAUGAUUAUAAAUUACCCUUACACGCACCUCAAAAGUUGUUUACCAUUUACUGUAUUUUGCUUCAUUAUUUCAGUUCUGCUCCAUUACUGAAGUCUCAUUUUUAACCAGUUUAAUACUGUUUUGGUUGUAUGUUACAAAGAGGAAUAUUUGCCAUAGUUCGGAUCAGAAAUGGCGGAUGCAGAAACUAACGCUAAAAUUCUAAAGCUGCAAAUGUUUUUGGAAAUGCAACCAGUUGUCAAAUCUUUCUAGUCAUCGCCUUUUUGUGUUCGUAUAAAUGCACUCUUAACAGAUUACUUAAAGAGCUUUGUACUUGCUUUGUACUGUCGGUGCCUUUUUAGUCUUGUAUUCAAAAUGUGUGUAGCUAAUUAAGUAGGAUGUAAAGAUAAACUCUUCACGGUUCCAUGGGACUGUAAUUCAUUACCCUUACCAGAAGGGUUAAAGAUCCAGAUCCAUAUAGCCGUGAAUAAAUUAAACAAAAAAAAAUAUUAAAAUAUUUUAUAACAAAUUGUAUGUUCCUUUAAAGUGUAUUGUAACAGCUAAUCAUGUAUUUUAUUGUGAGAGGUAUGUAACCUGGUUAAUCAAGUUAAGAUAAAACUGUGAGAUUUAUCUUUUUUUUUUUUUUUUUUUAUGUUCUAUUGAUGUAUUUAACUUUCCUCAAUCGGUUGAAUGUUCUAUAUUUCUGGCUUAAACUUGUAAAAAAGAAAACCCAACAUAAAUCUUGUAAGACAAAACAAAAUGCAGAUUAAAUCAUUAAAUUGUAUACCUGUAUUACCAAAAUGUUAUUACUCAAUGUAAGGAAUUCAUUUCAAGAAAAGAAAUUAAAACGUAUGGCUACCUACACCAAAACCAAAGUCUGGAUUGUAGGGAGUAAAGUGGCUAAAAAAUAAAUCUUGGAGUCAACUGUUAUUUUAGAAGGAAAACGAGACUGUACACACACUGACAUCAAUUUAGUGUGGAAUUUAUUUCGACCCACCUGGUUUAAUUUUGAACUUGAGUCUAAUUGCACAGUCUUUAUAUGGAAUUGUCACAUCAAAAAGUCUAAAAGUAAACUUAUAAGAACAGGUUACAGUGUGAAACAUACAAUAUUGGAAUAUCUGAACAAAGGUAUAGGGAAGAGUUUGUAUAAAUGUUAC